AUGGCGCGGCGAGGUGGGCUCUGGGCGCUGCUGCUGGCGGCGCUCUGCGGCGCGCUGGGCGCCUUCGCCUUGCGGCAGCCGGGCUCCGAGGCGGAGCAGCCCGAAGCGGCGGCGGGCGGCGGCUCGGCGAACCGGCGUCGGCGCCUCAGCCAGGAGGACGGCAUCUCCUUCGAGUACCACCGCUACCCGGAGAUGCGCGAGGCGAUGGUCUCGGUGUGGCUGCAGUGCUCGUCCAUCAGCAGGAUCUACACCGUGGGCCGCAGCUCCGAGGGCAGGGAGCUGCUGGUCAUCGAGCUCUCCGACAACCCGGGCGAGCACGAGCCUGGUAAGGGAAGCCCCUGACGCAGCCCCCCCCAGGUAGUGCUGGGUUGGGGGUGUCCUGGAUGUCUCCUCUUUCCUCCACCCCACCGCCCCCAUUUUUUCUUUUGCUUUCUCAGGUGGAAUAAACAACCUCUCUUCCUUGCAAAUUCCUGCCUUGUUUCUCAGCAUUGAGGUCACCGCGAUCCCCUUGAUGGCGGUGGGUCUAUUUCGGGGAUCAUGAGCUCAUGCAGGAAGGAGAGUUAGGAGACCUUUGAAAUCCUGGCCAUGGUGACCCCCUUUUAUGGCAGAGAGAGUACAAUGUGCUGUGUUCCCAGUAUGGUACAAUGUGCUGUGUUCCCAGUACGGUACAAUGUGCUGUGUUCCCAGUACAGUUACGUGCGUGCGCAGACCUGGAAACGCAUGCAACGGAUGCUAUGGUGAUAAUGAUAAUCUUUCCUGGUAACCAGGCUUUGAGGAUCUCUGCCUACACCUUCGCAGCCAUGAUUUUGACUCGGCUUAGUGGGCUGGCUGAGCUGCUUGUGUCAUGGCAGAGGCCACGUGCGACGCAUUUCACCGUGGAAUGACUUUGGAUGGGCAGCUGAAACCUUCCUGGUUUAAGCGAAUUAGUUGGGAAAAGGAUUCAUCUGUGCCAGCCUUAUUGGAGGGGGAAGAGAAGCAGGUAGAGAGCCAUUUGGUGGGAUGGUUUCUUAUAGACUUGAAUCUCCAGAUGCCAUUGAAGCUGGCCCUCCCAUAAUCUUCCACCACUGGCCAUGCUAGUUGGGAUUGAUGGGAACUGGAGUCUUAACUACACCUAGAGAGCCACAGGUUUCCCAUCCCUGUUAUAGAUCAAGGUCAGGUUGCAUAGGAAGGCCUCUGUCUUCAAUCUUUAAAGAGCCAGUAGCCAUUGAUGGAAAGAAAGCCGUAUAUGUAUCAUGACUUGGUGGAGACUAGCUCCAUCUUUUUCUGUCUCUCUCUUCACACAUGCUUCCGCAUGCACGCACGCACACACACAAUGUUAAAAGAGUAACACGGUUCCUCCUAUUCAGAGAAAUGCUUCUCCACAGCAGCUGCUCGAUGCUGCUGUAGUAGUAGCUAAAAUUUCUCUGAAUACAUGAAUCGGUCAAAUAAUACCGAUAAUACCCAUGCUGGUGCUGCCAGGUUCCAUGGUGGCACACAGUGGCCAACAAUAUUUACCAUACAGUCUGGCUGGUAAGGAAAUAGGUUCACACAAAAAAUUAUUUAUUUGCUUAGUGAUUUGUAGCCUGUUUUUCUGUCAAAACAAUUCACAAAGUGGAACAGAGUGACAGAAUUGUGACAUCCUCCUGCCACUUCAAGAUAUUUCCUUUUUUAGCGACAACCAUACGCACUGAAAUAGUAACCUCUCUCUCCCAUCUGCCAGUAGACUGUGGGUGCCUUGAGACAGGAGGGAGACCUGCCUGCAGCCCGAUGUGGCACUACAUGCUUUUGUUUACUAGCUCAGUUCUUUAUUAUUUAAAUACUUUCAUUUAAUUAAAUAAUUUCUAUACCACUUUUCAUUAAAACACAAAAACAAAUAUCAAAGUGGUUUACAACCUAAGAAAACAUUACGGAUGAAGAUCAAGUAUAAAACACACAUUUUUUAAAUCAGCAUAAUUAACAGGAAAGUAUGAUAUUCUUUUAAACAUCAGAACAUUACAGAUAAAAAUCAAAUACAAAAACACAAUAAACUCUCCAAAACAGCACCACUAGUAGCUAAACAAAAUAACUGAGAUAAGGAGCUGCACCCAUCCACAGUGAUGCCUCCCAAAUGCAUCCUUAGCAGUCUUCCAAAUCAAAGCCUCACAUUAGUGCAUUCCAACCAAGCAUACAGAUAAUUAAUCCCCAGUCAAAAAGUUAUUAAAAAGUGAACGUUUGGUCUACAAAAAUACAUGGCAGAAUUAAGCAUAAUUUACAACCAGCUCAUUCAUUCUAAGGCAAUGUAGUGUCAUAUAACUAGCAACAAAACUACUCCCAUCUAGACGCCCACCCUCAUAGGGUUGUAUUCUAUACCGGUUCAGUGUCUCACACUGAGUGGUACUGAACAACUUUGAAAUGAACAAAAGCAUUAUAACUCAUAUUCUCACUUCAGACAGCAAAAACUACCCAACAAGGCUGGCUCAAGACAUUUUGGUGCCUGGGGCAAACCACAAAAUGGCACCUCCCUCCCCACGAAGGAAGAAGUGGGGAGUUAAGAUCUACUGUACAUCCAAAUCUGCUACCCUAUGGGUUCUGCCACCUGAGGCAGUCACUUCACUUUGCCUCAUGGGUGGGCCAGUCCUCCUACCCAAUAUUACAUCACUUCUUUCUUCUACUUGGAUAAUGCAUUCCACAGCACAAACUUAAAGAGGUUGGUGCCCUCAUGCAAACUCCAAAAGGUUUGCACUGUAGUGUGGCAGCAAGCCAGGUAGCCAUAGAUGUUUUUCUAUCCUCCUUCUGGAAUCAGCAAUGAAGUGCUGGCUGGUUGGCAUCUAGCAACAGAGUGGGCAAGCAGAUGGAAUGGCCCAGGAGCUCUCACUAGCAGCAGCAGUAAAAAAAAAUAUCAGAGCAGGUCAGCAUCCUAUUAGUUGUUGAAAACAGAGAUAGCUGCAAAUAUCAAAGCUGCAUGAAUCAACACAUGGGGCAACAGGCAAUAUAGCAAUAGAAGUAUAAUGAUGAGAUACCAUAUGAAUGAAAACAUUUCCAUUUGCCAUAGCCUUUGCUGUCUAUUACUGUCUGCCACGGUAGAAUGUGGACUUUCUGACCACUUGAAUGUUAUUUAUUGUAUUUAAUGUUUUCAGUGGCUUUACAUAUUCUGCAUUGUAUUUUCUUAUUUGCUUUGAGGUGCCAGCAUAACAGGUGGGAUAUAAUUAUUUAAUCAGUAAAUAAUGAACAUACAAUUAUCAUAAGUCAGACCUGCCAAACGAAUAUCUAGACCUUUGAGAGCAUCAAAAGAUUCUGAUGAUAGAUGCAUACACCAGGCAACAGCGAUGAUGAAUUCUAGAAUAUCUCUCUUACUGCAAGAUAGAGUAAAUGAUAGAAUGACACUCAGGAUUAUACAUUGACUGAUGAGCACCAGCUGUAUAAGAAUAAAUCGAGUUAAUUAGGAAAUCAUUGUAUAAUAAUGGAUAACUUGCUCUGUUUUAAAAGCCCUAGAACACUGGGAAACCAGUGUGGACUUCUUCCUUGCUUGUACCCUUGAAUUAUGCCAAGGUUCUGGAUUAGGUUCUGUUCACUUCAAGGGGACUUCACAGUUUAUAGAUGACCUUAUUUGUUGGCCACACACAAUGUCCUGGUUUGCAGCUUUCUUUUGAAAAGCUUGCUGAGCUCUUGGGGAUGGGAAGCUUGAGGUUAAUUGUUCUGCUCCUUUUAUGAUUUUUCAUGACAGCAGUUCUGUGAGAGCCAGUGCUUAGAGUCUGUAUGGAGCAUGACAUAUGACAAGGCAGGGUUCGUCUUCUUGACUUCAGAUCUAUUAUCCCUCAAACUAGUAUUUCAAAGGGAAGCUGCCCAUUGGCUACUGUGUCGCUUUUAGGAGAGGACAGUUUUUAUGAUGUCCAUAGAUGGAAAUGCUGGGUCAUGUUAACAAUAUUUGUGAAUGGUGAAAAUUGUGUUAGGCUGCAGUCUUGUAUCUAUUUAUUUGGAAAUAAAUCCUAUCGAACUCCAUGGGGCUUAUUUUUGAGUAGACAUGUACGGGAUUGCACUGUUAAUGCGUAUGUUAAUGUGUGAAACUUAUUAUGUAGUAAGUCUGGGAUGGGAGUUGGAAUAUCAUUCUUGUUGAAGCAGUGCUCCUGCUGUCUUUGUCGUCAGCAAGUUGCCUGCUGACAUACUGUAAUUGUAUUGUACUGAAGUACAUGGACAUAUGGAGGCUGAAAAAUCUUGGCUGUGAUGGGUCUGACAUUAAAAAAGAAGAAGCACAACAGAAUGUUUUAUAUUUAGCAUUCCUGUUAAAGCAACCAAACAUGUCCCAUAAUCUAAAAGAUAAAAAGAGGUUCAGCACUUUCUAAAAUUAGUAAACAAGUGCUUUUAACUAUAAACUAAGAUUUAGGCUUGCAAUAUAUCAGGAAAUAGGAAUAAAAAACAAAAUAAAAUGGAUUAUACAGCCUCCAUGGUAUCAUCAAUGGUACUGAUGGACACUUCUCAAAGAACUAAUACUAUGGCACUAGUCUGCAUAAAUUAGAGCAAGACUCAGAAGCUGCUCUGCUGCUUUUUUGUGGUAAAGCUACAGAAUGUACCAAUUGUCCUUCAUUGCCUGGAAAACCCAAGUCUUCAAAAGUUUUCUUUUCGUUCUUCCUAGGAAAACCUUGGCUCGCCUCAAGAUUCAGCCACAUGUUCUGUCAAGCCAAAAUAGUUCUUAGCUGCUAGCACGGCUUAAUCUUUGUUUGGUUGUGUGUGCCUUUGAAAAUUCCCAAAGCUGUACCCCUUCUAAGCUGAGCAACAGAAUGAUUUGACUUUUUAAUUUGCCAAAGCUUUAUUUUUAUUAGAAACUCAGUGUCUUUAUACCAAGAGAUCAGUGAAUUAACCUUGGGUUUUGUGAAUAGAGGCUUGAUUGUGAGAACUCCCAAAUCUAUUGGGAGAACAGUGUGGGAGUGAUGAAUACUGCAAGUGUCAAGAGCUAAGGAAGACAUUGAAGGGAAGGAAAAGAUCAUGAAGAAAACCUGCUUGGGACCAUAUGUUUGUGAAACAUGCACACCAUGUAAGGAUGAAAGGGGGGGGGGCUGUUUCAAGUAUGUGUGUAUGCGCACACACAUAUUUAAAGGGAAAUAUUCCACAAAACAACUUAUAACAUGUUUAAAAAGACAAAUCCAGGCUUAUAAAGCUGUUUAGAAACAUACAGUAAAACAAUAAAAUCAAUGCUCAGCAACAGCAGCAAUGACUUAUCCACACUCCACUAAACAACCUCCAUUUAGGACCCUUCCCUGCCCAUUUUAUCCCCCCCCCCCUUGAAUUUUUGAUAGUAUUUCAAAUAUACAUUCCAAGAUGUCACUGGUAUCUAGUCUGGAUGUUAUACAAAACAGAAAAGGCAGUGGUCUGUGACUCAUAUUUCUGCUAUUCUCACCCCUGCUGAAAUUAUAUGAAGUAUGAACAUGUGGGUCUUGUCUCUGAGGAGUUCUAUAGGGGUUGUGUCCAUGAAGGUUGGAGCCCCCCCCCAAAAAAGUAAGAAAGGUAUCAUAACAAGGCACUACUUCAUCACAGGCUGAAUGCAGUUUAUGCAGAAGACUUAGCUGCAUUGAAAUAAUUUCUGUACAUUAAAGUGUUUCAGCUUGUCAAUUAACCAUCGUACAAUCAUGUUAAAAACCUGUGUCGUUGUGGGUUCCUCGUUGUACUCAACAUUUCCAGGUUACUUGUUCUACAUGAUUUUGCACUUUGGGGGCAUCGCACCAUAUUUUGGAGCUUAGGAAGUGGCUAAGAAUUAUGUUGCAUGUUAAGAGCCUAGCAAUCCCUUUGCUAGCCCAAACCAUGGCAGUUUCAAAAGAUUUCCGCCAGCACAAGAAUUGGGUCAGCCUAGGUCUCCAUCCAAAAACAUGGAAAUGGCAUUUGAACCUGAGGGGAGAUUGCCACUUUGAAGGUAAGAUUUGAACCUGGGACUGUCACUUACCAGAGAAGAUAGCUUGUAGAUGCAACUACAGUAGUACCUCGGGUUACCGACGCUUCAGGUUACAGACUCCGCUAACCCAGAAAUAGUACCUUGGGUUAAGAACUUUGCUUCAGGAUGAGAACAGAAAUCAUGCUCUGGCAGCGCGGUGGCAGCAGGAGACCCCGUUAGCGAAAGCGCACCUCAGGUUAAGAACAGUUUCAGGUUAAGAACGGACCUCCAGAACGAAUUAAGUUUGUAACCCGAGGUACCACUGUAUGGAUGUCUUUAGAUUCUUGCACCCGGCUCAGCUAUUUCAAGAGAUGCUGAAGUCAGAUUAGAAGGUCAGUUUCCACAAAACUUAUUCAAGUUACAUUUUUAAAAGUGGUUUAAAAAAGUAGUUACAUCCCACCUGGGACACGGGUGGCGCUGUGGGCUAAACCACAGAGCCUAGGACUUGCUGAUCAGAAGGUCGGCGAUUUGAAUCCCCGCGACGGGGUGUGCUCCCGUUGCUCGGUCCCUGCUCCUGCUAACCUAGCAGUUCAAAAGCACGUCAAAGUGCAAGUAGAUAAAUAGGUACUGCUCCGGCGGGAAGGUAAACGGCGUUUCCGUGUGCUGCUCUGGUUCGCCAGAAGCGGCUUAGUCCUGCUGGCCACAUGACCCGGAAGCUGUGUGCCGGCUCCCUUGGCCAAUAAAGCGAGAUGAGCGCCGCCACCCCAGAGUCGGCCACGACUGGACCUAAUGGUCAGGGGUCCUUUACCUUACAUCCCACCUUGUUUCUAGAAUAACAACAGGCACACUUAGAACAUACAUUUAAAGCAUUGUGAUACUACUUUAAACAUUCAUGGCUUCCCCCAAAGGAUUCUGAGUGUUUGCUAAGGGUGCUGAGAAUUGUUAGGAAACCAUCUGUUCCCUUACAGUUCCCUGUGAAGCGGGAUUGGUCAUUAUACCACUCUGGGAAUUGCAUUUCUGGAAGGGGAACAGGGGUCUUCCACCAGCCCUCAGCACACUUAUCAAACUAAAGCUCCCGUAAUUCUUUGGGGGAACCAGAGACUAUUUAAAUGGUAUCAUAGUGCUUUCACUGUUUGAUGUAAACGUGGCCAAUAGGUUAAGUACUCUCUGGAAGGCCGGUAAUUUUAUUAGACUGAUAAGUUAACAAAUCUGGUCAGCUGUUGCAGUCAUAUAUAAUGCACAUGUCUUCUGUCUGAGUGCAUACUUCAGGGAGCUUAGAUUUCAUAAACAAGCUAUACAUAUAUAUAUAUAUAUAUAUCUAUAUCUACAGUAUGGGUUUAUGUUCUUAAUCGUCUUGCAAAACUUAGAAAGCACAAAUUAAUACAGUUGUUGGUCUUCUGUUUGAUUUAUUGAAUGACACUGAAUAAGAAUGCUGCUUGUUAAAUAUUGUGACCUAUGCUGAUUCUUGGAGGAGAUCUGAAAAAGGAAGAGGCUUAGCCUGCCUGCUAAAACUUAUGGCGUAUAGAUCUAUGCCUCACUUUGUGAAUAUGCAUAUGAGCAUAUUUUGUUUCAUGUAUAUCAAGCUGAACUUUGAGGCGAACAUUUAGGCCUUAAAGUGAGCCUCAAUUGUUCAUUGGCAACAGAGGCUUGCUAUCACCACCAAGCAGCUGACUGCGCUACAAAGUUCCCUAGUAGGGACUCCAUUGUGCACCGAACCCCCCACCAAAAGCAGAUCUUGAAGUUGGCAUGAAUCAGCUGAUUGGCGGUGACUUCAAGCAACACUUGAAUCAGCUUGGCUCAUCCUUUUGUGCAAGGGGAAAAUGAAUCACCUGACAGCAUGGUGAAGUCAGGUGGUUGACAGGUGGGUGCCUACCCCCACCCCACCUGCAAGAGUGGCCCACUGUGGGUGAAGGAACCCAGGAACCCAUGAUCUGGCUGCUGGAUAGAAAAGUUUCAAAGAUAAAAAUUGCAUCGGACUGAGCUGCAGUUUAUACAUGGGAUUUUUUUUUUUUAAAAAGAAGCAAUCUCAGACAUAUUUGAAAGGUAAUAUUGCAUCGUAUUAUAGCGGGACCAAGAAAUUGAACCCUGGAUGAGGUUGUGCAAAAGAAAGGGCAGGACCAUACAUAUAGGGCCGUAGAGUAAAUUUCAGUGACUGAAGUCACUAGGGGUGAAGAAAGCAGAUGGAGAGAAACAUGUUGAGGUAUUGAUUAGAUUGCACAAGCAACUAAUCUGAUUUCCAGAAGGCAUCCCAAUCCCAGGAAAACAAGAAGUUACCUUAUACAGACCAUUGGUCUAUCUAGCUCAGAGCUGUCAAUAGUAUACUAACUGUCAGCAGCUCUCAAGGGUUGCAGGCAGGAGUCUCUCUCAGCUACACCCAGAGAUGCUGGGGAUUGAACCUUGGACUUUCUGCAUGUAAAACAGGUGCCCUGCUACUGAACCAUGGCUCUUCCCUAAAUAUUUCUACCAGUGUUUUGUGUGCCAGAAUAAAGUUACUUUAGGGUUGGCACAAUUGGACACGGCUCUAGAAUAUUGCUGUUGAAACACCAUGUACUCCUGAGGACUAAUGGACUGGUGUCAUUCAUAGAUAGAUAGAUAGUUUUAACAUUUUCCAUAACAUCCAUAUUUUAUAUCUUUUUUUUACAACUUCAUUUAACCUUCAGGCCUCCUCCCUUCCCUCCAUGGAUUUCUAAAAUCAUGGGGUCAAGUAUGCUUCCCCACUUUAAUUCUGACCACCCUUUUAAUAUACUCCAGGGUGGUCUUUUAGCUCGCCACUGCUUGUUAGUUAAUAGAGGUUUACUCAGCAGAUAUUAAAAUAAAAUACAGUGUGUUCGCACUCUUUAUAGCUUGUAGAAAACUUCCUGUAGCUCACCACAGCCGGGAUGGACCUAAUGGACUGGUGUCUUGAAUUAGUUCAAGAAAAGAUUUUCUUUCUAAAAAAAAACCCCUUCAACAACAUAAAACCCUUUAUUUAAAUACCCUACAAAUUAUACAUUAGAGACAAGAAUAGUUCUCCAGGAACAGAUCUGGCUUAUUGUGUCAUUCUUUUAAAAGUAUCUUGGCAAAUCUUGAAAACCAAUUAUGCACUUUAAAAAAUACAGAGUGCCUUUUUCCUAGACUCUUCUCCUAGAGCUGCUAAAUGUUAAAAAUGGGAGAAUGCCAGCUUUUGCUUGGCCAAAAGUCUUUGAUGGUUUAUUGAAUGCUAGCAAAGGAUAAUAGAUUUUUUGUGUGUGUGAAAAAUGUAACUGGACUACAGAGUUUCUAUUUACUGUGCCCUUUCUCAGAGAUAAGUAAAACAAAAAUGUAGACCUCAGGAACAAGUUGCCCCACAACACCUUGUCUGAAGAACUUACAUGAUCACAGGCUAUAUCUUGAUUGGAAUUUGCUAAAUGUAGUUUUGAUGCUGCAGCUUAUUUUGAUCAACGAUAUAAAGGGGUCAUAUUAGCUGUAGUUUCCAUUGCCUCACAAAAAAGUAAUAAGUUGUCUUACUCCUCCAUAUCGAUGUUGCUUCUCUGUAAUAAAUGGUUUGUGUCUUCCUUUUGCUAAUCGGAUCAAAGCAUGACUGAUGACUUAAAUUAUCUCAUCUGGAUUCUUCACAGCAUUGCAUUUCACACCAGCAACAUGAAUCACAGCAAUUGAGGCAGAUGAUGUGCAAGAAAAGAGGAGAGUGACUUAUCUAUAGCAUACUGCAUUGCCUAGAUAAUGUAAGGCUCCUCAUGGCAGAGGACCCAGAAAUUGUAGGGAUAUGCAUGUGGGGAUAUGUAGGGACUUUCCAUGUCCUAGUGGUUCAAAAGUCAAAUGCUGCCUUAGUCUGGAGGGUUGUUACUUUUGGCAGUCUUCCCUGGGAUGCCUGGAUUAAGUUAUGAUUCUGAAAACCUACAACAUAAAGUGGCUUGGGACUAUGUUGUCUGAAACAAUUGCGUCUUCGUUGUGGCCUUUCCUUGGCAUCAUUCUCACAUACUGAAGUAAUAUGCUGAAUUAUAUUAAGUUGUCAAGCACAAGGCACGAGAGGCUCAAAGCAAUUUAUUUAUUUUAAAAUUAUUUUUAUUUGCCAUUCUCUGGAGGUUUGUGGUACCGCUACAUUUUCCAUGUUGUUCACUUAUUGUUAUCUUUGAUUACUUUUUAUUCUGACUUCCUCUGGUGGUAACUGAGAAGAGCCCUGUUGGAUCAGUCCAGCAUCCUGUUUCAUACUGUGGCCAACCAGAGGCCUUUGGGAAGCCCAUAUAAAACAGACCAUGAAAGCAAUAGCUCUUGUCUGGUGUUCCCAGCAAAUAGUAAUUUGUAGGCAUACUGCCUAGGAAUCAGAGGCAGGCAGUGACUUUAACUAGAGUUGUAGAAUCUGAUUACAUUUUGGUCAGUCCUGGCCCUUGUACCAUGGAUGGUUUCCACGCUCAGUUGCUUUUCUUGGUGAGAAAAUAGAGAUAAUGACUGUAUACAUAUUCUCCUUCUUUUGACGGAUUCUGCUGUAAUCUACAGCCUUCUCUGUCUCCGAAGCCCAAGCGUGGGGGAAUGGAACAUAGCAGCAGUCAAGCAGCAUCAUUCCUGAUACAGCUGUUGCGGCUCAGAUAUUUCUUGGUACUUAUAAAUAGUGGCAUUCAGUUGUAUGUCAUUUUUAUUCACCUAGCUACAGAAAUUCCAUGUGCAUACAACAAUGUUUUGUUCUGCUGUAGUUAUCUGGCUUGCACGUCAGUGAAAAUUAAGCAUGCCUGAAUCUUGUGUGUGUUUUAAAAACUAGAAUCUAGUUACUAGGUGUUGGCUUAUUUAGCAUUCUUCAGUGUUUGAAAUGAGUUGAUCUCACUUGGUGCGGAGCAUAAGGGGUCGGCUUUCUAUUAAAUGUAGUGCUUAAGCAUGGGGCUAAAAACCUUCCAUUUGGCAUAAAUAUAGGACAAAUGCAGUUUCAGUCAAAACCAGAACCCAAGUAAAAUGCUUUGCAGCGUCUUCAGCAAAGGGGAAAAAAAAGAUUCUGUAGGCUGAAAGCCACAUGCUUUGCAAUUGGUUGAUCAACAUGUCCACCAGUAGUUUUUUAUCAUCAUCUUCUACUUUUAACAUGUUGGCACUGUCUGACUUCCCCAUCAUAAUUCUGAUCACCUUACCUGACUUGCAUUUGUAUUGCUCUACCUCUAGCUGAACCAAUCACUGGAAUGUGACCCUCAAGCUGAAAAAGGUCCUCCCCCCUGGUAUAUGUGAUGGAGGGCAUUUCCAUCUCAACAUAUCUUCAUUGUAAGGGAAGCUGCAGGCAUGGUGCUUGAAAUAAAGGAUCUGUAUGUGCUGUGGAGCUUUAAUGCCAAAAGAGGCACUUAAAGUAAGGAACACUUGGCAACUCUCUUAGGAAGUAAGCUGGUGCAUGAGGACAAAGAAUGGGUCCUUUGGGGAUAUCUUAAAAUGUCUGAAAAUUACAUGUGAGUAAAAUUUAAACAUGACUCAAGAAGAUAUAUUCCAAAGGUCUGUAUGGGAUGUUACAACAGCUGAGGGGCUUGAAUAUUCAUGCGCUAUUAUUGUGCUCUCCAAUGUGGGGUUUGGGGCUGCACUUUGACCGUUUCUGCUACAAUCAAAGCACUUAAGCAAACUCCCUUUUCCCCAAAUCUCUUGUAAUAUCUAAAUAAUCUUUUACUCACUUAAACUCCCCAGUGAUUCAAAGGGCCUUGUUGAGUUCAACUUACAGCAACAUUUUUCUUUCUCACUGGUGAAGCCAUAAAAAUGUGCACGCUGAGGGGUUUUUUUUAUAGGGAAUGGGUGUAUUUCCUGCAUUUGGCAAUAAAUGUCAGUUUAAUUUACAAAAACUUGUAAAAUGUUUUGGAAGUGCACUGGAAUCUCUACCUUUAAAGGGAUGCUUUUUCAAAACAAAAAAGAUGUUAGCAAAUAAUUGGCUCAAAGAAAAAGAAAGGCUGCCAUUUUAAGAAAGUGCUUUAACAUUAUUUUUAAAGAUGCUUGUGGGUUCAUCCAAAGGUUUUAUCUUUUGCAGUUAUUUUUUAAAUUGAUGGAAAACAGAGAUACUUGGAUCUGUGAAAAUUCCAAGGCUAAAGCAUGUAUACAGAUGUUCACGCAAACAUUUUCAUUAAACAAGACAAGAUAUAGUGAACAUAUUUGUUGUUUAUAGUGGCUUCAAAAAUCGGUGCUUCAAAUACGACCAUGUUGCUAUUUUACAGACUACCAUUCAGGUUAACAGAAGAGGCAAGCAUGAUUAUAUGCAUCAAUUUGAGUUGACUUCUGUGGCCUAUUUAUUUGCUAUUGUAAUUGUAGGAAUGUUGAUGCUACAGUGUAACAUCUUGUUUUGGUGUGUUACAAUAUGCUGGAUUGUUCCUCCAAUAGAUAGUAAACUUAAUAGAGGCUAAUAAAAGAAUCACUUUAAAUUAAAGGAACUCUGUGCCAAAGAGAGAUAAGUACCUUACUUGGAAAAUUCCUCCUUGUGUGCUAAAUACCACCCAUGCAGAGCUACACUAGAACUAUAUAGAAAGUAAUCAUUUGUUCUAGUGAAGCACUUGGCUCUUAGGCUAAGCUUGUUGCAUGGGUUUUAACAUUGAACAGAUUCUCUAGAGAAGUUUCUGACCUUGCCAGAAGGAUUGGAUUCAAAGACUUUAUAUACUCUUUUCAUAUUUCCUAUAAGAUUUCCCCAAGCAGCAUGUUGUAAAAACAUUAUUGAACCUCUUCAAACAUUGUGAGUAUCAGUGCUAGAAGGAAAAAGGGGUGGGAGUAAGAGAAGAUGGAGACCAACAUGAAGGUGUGUGUGUGUUUAGGUGAAGGUGAAAGAAGAGGACUGGAAAUUUUCCUAUUGAAAGCUUGCACACUUUUUCAAGAAUCCUGGAGCCUUUCUCCUUCAAACUGUUUGAUGGUGAAAUGAGAGCCUUGGAAGGUGGUAGAUGACAAAGACUGGGUGGCCGCCUCUCAGGGGUGAUGUAGUGGUGGAUUUUGUCCUUUGGCACAGGUUUGACUAGAUUGGGUUUCCCCAGCUAUGGUCUCACAUCGGUUGCAUUAAGUAUUCACAUAUACUGCAUUUUUAACUGUAUUUUUAUUACUUCUUUGAUUUAUUAUAUUGUAUUUUAUUGCAUUAUAAUUUGAAUUGUAUGGGAUUGUGGUAUAAUAAAAUACAAUAUGUAAGAAAUAAAAGAAGCAAUAAAACCAUUAAAAAUCAUACAGCAUUUAGCAGAGUACAUUACAAUUUCCGCAACAGGCAAAAAAAUAAAAUAAAAAUUAAGUGGUCCACCAAGAUCCUUGGCAAUUUUCAAGUGGUUUGCAGGGGAGAAAAAGUUUUAGAACCAAUGGAACUUCCAAUUUUAUGAUCUAGCUUGUAAAAAACAUGGGAGUCAGAGUGUUUGUUACUCAUGACUGCUGUGCAGAUUAUGUUCGUUUCCCUGAGGCUUUCAAGGCUGCAGCUCAAAAAGACGUAAAAGAAGGUUUCAUAAUAAUAGUUAAACUUGGUGGAUUGUGUCCAGUGUUUACUCAUUGACUUUGCACUUUUACAACUCCAUUCCAGUUGCAUUUAAUAGAAUUUGAGGCUCCGCUAAUUUGGGAGAAUAUGGUUGUACUUGUAUACUUAUGAUAUGUUGUGGGACUUUUGUCCAGCUAAGAAAGGUGAGUUAUUUCCAGAUGGAUCUAGGGGCCAAAUGAGACAUGACAUUACAGAUUUGUGACUGGAUCCUCUCAUGAUGUGAGCCUUUGUUUCUAUAACUCCUAGUAAUCUGAAUGUGCACCCUUUUAGCUUUUCUGUACCUCUGAUGUGUUGCCGGAGAGCAAUAUUCUGCCAGUAUUUUAUGUGUUCCCUCGCACCUCGACUCUAAAACAGGAGUGGGAACUCCUCCAGAUGUAGUUUGCCCUCCAGAUGUAGUUUGACUCUCAACUUCCAUCUGCUGCAACCAGCAUGACCAAUAGGCCGGGUUGGGAGCUGUAGUCCUGCAGCAUAUGAAGGGCCAAAGAUUCACCACUCCCCCUGUUAAGGUUUCCUUUUGCCUGGGAAAAGGAGCAAGUGAGGAUCAAGAGCACAGGGCAGAUCAGGUUGUAAGCGUCUCACCAAAACACUCUCUUGGAAAUAGACACGGGAGUAGCCCUCAAUCGCUAUUCAGCUGGCAUGGGAUCUUAUAUAAGCAUGUAACCUUCCUCAGGGUCUCUAUUCAUCUGUAUAUAUUGUGGAUAUUUUGUUUUUCGUUAACGGCAUUAGUUGCGAGAUUUUCAUACCUGAGAGUAGGUGUUCUUGAAGCCAAGUCACUGAGAGUUAGGAGUCUGAUUUCUUUGUAUGGUGUCAGUGGCGUAGCGUGGGUUGUCAGCACGUAAUUUGCGCCCCCUAACCCGUGGAUUUUAGUAGGGGCAGAGAGCUGCGAGUGUGAGCGCGCCCCCCCCAGAUGUUGCGCCCGGUGCGGCCGGCCCCCCCUGCACCCCCCACGCUAUGCCACUGUAUGGUGUACUGUGUUGCUGGCUGCAUUUCCCUCUGCAAACAGACUCUUUCUGUCUCUUUCUGUUAGAUGGAGCAAAUACUUUUUUUCCUGUGGAAAAUUUGUGGCACUUGCAGAAUCCUUCUCUUCUUUCCCUGCCCUCCCAAGUUUGAGAAGCCCCAUUUAAGCCACGCAGAAUGUUCCUUCCCUGGUUUAUGAUUUUGCAACAGCUGAUAUCAGUUCAGCCUCAUGUCACAAGACGUGCCAUAUGGAAACUGAUAACUGCAUAAAUCUGCAUAGGAAAAACGAAUUCAGGCUUUCCUCUCAGUAAAAUCUCUUGAAAUGUAGUUUCCUAACACAGGAGAAAAUAUACCUGGUUGCAUUAGUAGUGUUGAAAAAGAGGUACUUGGACUCACGCAGGCCCAUAUGACUUGAAAAUCGUGGAACUGUCUGAAAUAGAAGUUGCUAUGGUUACAGAGAGGAUUAGCCGGCUGAGGCUGCUUCCAUUGGUCUGCGACUAGCACAAGUUGCUUGUUUGAGUAGCAUUAAAAUGUUGUCUCCUGCUGCUUUUAUGUCAAGACCAUCUGGUGUAGGCAGUAUUUAAAGGUGCAGCCCUGCUCUGAAAAACGCUGGGCAGCAUGGUGUUUUUUUUAAUUUGUUGUAAAUGGAGCUUAUGAGGUUCACAGGUUUUCAAAGGGGGCAAUGACACCUUAAAAUAUUCUCAGUACGUGUAUAAUAGCAAAACAUGCUAUUGGCACAGCAAGCUGCCACAGUGCCUUUUAUGUUGAUUGCACAUAUAUGUACUCCUGUUUAUUUCUUGGAGGUGCCACCUGUUUAAUCAACUAGUAUUUAAAAUGUCUUUACAUGUAGGAAAUCUCUGUAUAUAAAUUAUUCUGGUACGUGGAAUUUGCUGGCAGUUGAGGAGACAAUUUUUGCUGUUGGAGGCAAUAUAUCUCUGAAUGCCAGAUCUUGCUUGCCAGCUUCCCAUGGGCAAAUGGCUGGCCUCUGUGAACAGAACGCCAGAGUAGAUGGGCUCUUCUUAUAGUUUCAGGAUUUUGCUUUAACUGAUUCCUUUAGUGUGAGAGAUGUUACCUCUUCAUGUUUAUUUAUAAAGAUCAUACAAUUCUUCAACUCUGAUUUACAUCAGGUGCUUUUGGAUUUCCACAGAUACCCCCCCUUUUGCUUUAGUGAUUUAUGCUAUAGCAAUUCAUUAUUCCCAAGAAUGUAAAAAUAGACGAUUGGUUCCAGUAAUAUCCCAUUCUAAACAAAAGCAGAUCCCAUCAGAUUGCACAGAAAAAUGUGCUCUUGGGGCCAAACAUUGUGUUAUAUAUCUUGCACUAGGUGAUUUUCAGGAGGUUAGCGCGAGUGUAAGACAACAGAGAAUUCAGCCCUCUGCAUUGAAACUCAGCCAAUUUAAAUUCAAAUCUUGAUGAGAGCAGUACUAGGAAACUGUUAUGUAGGGCAGCAGGAAUGUGCUUCUUAUUUUAAUUUUGCUAAUACUAUACAUUGCACAUGCACACAUGAUUUUGUCCUAGGUGGUUUGAGGGCGUUGCAGAAUGUAAAGUGUUUUCCUGCAGAGGAUGCUGUAGCAUCGGACAAUAUCAGAUAAUGAGCUGGGGGGAGAGAUGUGUUUCUUGUGGGCACUUUUUCUUUUCUUCUUCAUACCUACUUCAUUUAUAUGCUUUCAUGGUUGCCAGGCCCAUUUAGUUUUGUUAAACAUUUUUUUUUUUGCUUGGGCAGUUGUGCAACUGAAGAGGAAAGGGGAUGGCCCUCCUGCAAGGACAACCCACCCUUUAACUGAAUAAUCCUGCCCAGUGUGAGUGGCGACCCAUCCUAGGACCUGCUCCAUCUCCUGCAGAAAAAAAACUUAUCAUGGGUUAGUCCAACAUUUCGUUUAACUGUGUGACAGGGCAGUUGCGUAAUGAAGAGGGGUUUUUAAUCUGCUUCACUAAUCCACAGAUUUCUAAGCCUUCCUAUUAGAGCUUUGGCUUCAGUGCAGUUUUAUUUUUAAUUAUUUAGAAACACAAGAGUUGCAUUCAACACUGUAUGAGCAGCAUUCCACUCAUGCAAUGGGACUUCCUCUUCCUUACCCUUAACACCCCUAAGAUCUGCUGCAGAGGAGUGGAGGGGGGAGUUCUGUUGUGCAAGCAGAAGUCUGUUGUGUGAGCAGAACAGCAGUGUUGGACACAACCCAUGAUUUUUAGUCUGCCUGUUGUCUUCAUUGUGAAGAUGAUUGCAUUAAGAAAAUAAACUUGUUUGUAUGUAUACACUCUUUAGCAAGGAGCAGACCCUCUUGAACAAGUUGGCUCUGGACCCAAUGGAUUGUGACAACUAUUGCCCAUUUGAAACAACUCCAGACAUUCCUGGAUAAAAGUGAAAAUCUGGAUUCAUUUCAGCCUUGGGACUCAGCUACAUUAGUAAAGAAAAGUGUUGUACAGUAUAUGCGUUAUAACACUGAGAUGGCGCUGUGGAGCCCCGGCUUUAGCCAGUGUGAUUUCCCAUUAUGAAGUUUACAGUGCGUUUUCCUGAAAUGCUUUUUUUGGAUGUGUCUAGAUCCAGCCUUGGUCACCUUGAUGGAUGACCUUUAUAGAGAGAAGCUCGGGGAGAGUGCAGCCCUCCUCCUUCUGCUCAAUGUCUUAGUCACUUUUGGUUCCAUUGGUCAUGGUAUCCUUCUGAACUGAUUUUGUGGGAUGGGUAUUGGUGACAAUGUUUUUCAGUGGCUGUGUUCCUACCUGCUAUCUCCAAAUAACAGCAUUGUGAAAGUGUUCUUCAGCUGCUUGACAUUUGUGCUGCAGAGCACGAAGGGGCACUUUAUUGUCCCUAGUGCUAUUCAACAUCUAUAUUGUUGGGAGAAAUCAUUGGAAGUUUUGGAGUGAGAAGACAUCAGUGUACUGAUGAUACCAAAUUCCAUUUGCACAUUACAUCUGAGUCAGUCUAUGCAAGCCCUGGACUGAUACCUGGAUACAGUGUGUGUAAUUCCUGUUUCUGGGAGAUAGAUCAGCUACCUUUUCUGUAUGGGGUUGCAGGUCCUCUGAGCAGGUGUGCAGCUUAAAGAUACCCCUUCAUUCAUCUUUGUGUCUAAAGGCCCAAAUGACCUUUAUGGCUAAGAAUACAUUUUACCAGCUUCUUCACCCACGCCAGCUGCUCACUUCCAUCUCUAGACUGGGAUAGAGAGACCACAGUGGUCCAUGCAUUGGUAACUGCCCUGAACUCAUUUUGGAGGAUGGGUGGGAUAGAAAUAUAAUUUUAAAAAAUAAAAUAAUUUUCAAGACUUAAUUACUGCAAUGCCCUUCAUAUGAGACUGCUCUUGUAUCUGGGCCAAAAGUUGUGGCUAUUGGCAACAGGCUACUUCUUGGCCAAGAGAGCUGCUCUGAUUGCCAAUUUGCUACUCAGCCAGGUUCAAGGUUAUUGUGUUAAUUCACAAAACUCAACACAACCUGGGCCCAAAGAACCUUAAGGACCUCAUAUUUAACUUCAGAUCUUUUGGUAGAGCACUUUUUGCAGUCCCCAGUCUUCAUGAUGGACUAAGCCUUUAGUGUGAAGCUCUUUUCAAAUAUAAUGAGUCACCCCUGGUUUCUUUUAGAUAACUUUUGGAAGCUGAAUUGUUCAAAUUGGUCUUUGUAAUUUGAAGUUUUGCACCCACCAAUGUAUUGACAUGCUGUUGAUGUUUUUUUAGAUAUUACAGUAGCCUUGUAUUUUUUUGUCUGUUCUGUACUAUUUUAUGUUAUGUACCACCUUGUUAUAUUUCUAAUGAGAAGGCAGUCUAUAAAUAUUUUAAGAAAUAAAAAUAAAUAUAAAGUAUGCUGUUGUGCAUCUGGCACUUGUAUUUUCUGUAGAAGUAUAUAAAGUGGGUGGGUGGGGUCUAUGCAGGAAUAAAUGUAAGAACAGUACAGAGUUCAUAGUGCUGUUUCUGUUUCAGAUGGCAUCUUCACCUGCAGGCUAUGAAUUUGCUGUGGAUGAAGGAAGAAUGCCAAAGUGCUGUUUAAAAAAAAACCUUGAUUAAACCACAUAAUUGCAUCAACUUGUCAACAAGUAAAUUGGGCCAAGUGAACUGGAAAAGUAGGGGCAGGAACUGCGGUUUGCCUGGAACUGUAGACAGAAUCCUCAGAGAAUAUCACUUCUGUGAUUUAACAAGGCCAUCUUUCUUUACUUUGUAUGGGGUGGCUGUCUUUUAAAUUAUGAAGAUACAAGUGAAAAUGUUUAUAUGCAAGUGCCUAUUUAACCAGUAUAACCCCCUUUCUCUCUCACACACAUGCAUAUCCCCCCUCCCAUUUUGAUCUGUCUGUAUUGCCCAAGGGCUCUUAGUCUUGAUGAGACUUGCCUUCCUGAUGCUUUCAAGCAGCAUGCUGGGACAUGGUCCAUCAACCACAUAUAGAUGCUCCUUAAGCCCUUAAAAUAACCUCCUAGAUAAGACUAAGGCUUCAGUUCUAUAUCCACUGCCUGUGAGUAAGUCCCAUUGAGCUCAGUGGGAUUUACUGCUGAGCAGACAAUGUGGGCUUGUACUGUAACUAGGAUUUGAAGCCAGGCUUGAUUGAUUGAAUGAUUAAGCAGCACACUGCGUACUUGAGCAGGCUCAGUAAAUCUAGCUGCACUACUCAUGUCAUGUCCUUAUUUAUAGACAUAGAUAUAUACAGACAUAGAUAAAUAGACUCUAUUUAUUAAUGAAGGCCCCAGUGGAGGAUGAAGCCAUGGCUCAGUGCUAGAGCCCAUUGCUUUCAUGUAGAUUCAGCCUGCAGUCCUACACACACAUAGGAAUACGUCCCAUCAAUCUCAAGUAAACAUACAUAGGGAUGUACUGUAAAUUUCUAGCAUCUCCAAGUAGAGUUGUGGAAGACUCCAGUGUGACUUGCAGCAUAUCUCCAGCAUUUCAGCAUAAGUAAUACCAAAGAUCCAAUGUCAUACGUUCAAAUAAAUGUUCCAACAAAUAACUUUGAGCCAAAUAUUGAUUUCAAUUUGCAUCACUUUCUGUACAGGUAAAAUCAAUACAACUGAAGAAAGGAAGUAUUGUCUUUGUUUUUAAAUGAUGCACAAAUAUGUCUAUAAGAGGCGUCAUCUUAGCAGAGACAAUAUUCCUGUGUGCAGCAGAAGAACAAAGGUAUCUUUCAAGAUGAUGCUUGCCCAUCUGCAGCUUUUACAAGUCCUUGUAUUAAAAAAUACUAUUUGAAAACAAAAAUCAAGGACAUCUCUAUCAUUGAUUUGAAGAGGAUUCCCAUGGCCGAGAGAUUCUGUAGUGAAGCAAUAGCCAUAGCAGAAGCCUUGCCAGCUGGCAGAAGGUUUGGUGGUGAUGGAGAGUUUUGAUUCCAACAGGAAGGAAAUUAUUCACCAGCUUCAGGGCUGACAUUGUACUGUGCCCUUUUGGGGUCAUGUCCAGGCAAUGAAGGUCCUUAGGAUCCUAUAUAUCCAUGUCCUCCACUGACAUACCACUCCUCCCACCAAUGUUUGGUGCAACAUGUAUGCCCACACAGCUUUCUGUGGGUAUUCAGCGGUGCAUGUUCUGGCAUCAUGAGUGCUUCCCACUGAUAGGCUUCUCUCUCCGGCAGAGUGGCAUUUAUGCUGCAGUCCGAGGAAGCAUAUCAGUUCUGGAAAUCACAAGAGAGAGAGUGGCUGUUUUGCUCAGAUUCUCCUUGUAUGCUUUCUCAAGGCAUCUGGUUGGCCACUGUGAGAACAGAUGCUGGACCAGAUGGAUCACUGGCAUCCUCCUGAUUCUUAUGCACCAACAGCCUCUCAGAUGCCCUUUGGUCAGUUUUAGGAUUGCUCUGCCCAAAGUUAUUUUUACAAAAUAAUUUCAUACAGGUGUGGAGAACCUUUGACCCCUCCCAAGAUGUUGCUGAAAUACAAUUCCUAUAAUCCCUGGCUAUUCACCCUGCUUGCUACAGCUGAUGUGAGUUGUUGUUCAACAACCUCUAGAGGCCCCACACCUCGUUUAAUGUAACCAACUAGUCAGUUAACUCUUGAGAGUCCCAUGGACUGCAAGAAGAUCAAACCUAUCCAUUCUUAAGGAAAUCAGCCCCGAGUGCUCACUGGAAGAACAGAUCCUGAAGCUGAGGCUCCAGUACUUUUGCCACCUCAUGAGAAGAGAAGACUCCCUGGAAAAGACCCUGAUGUUGGGAAAGAUGGAGGGCACAAGGAGAUGGGGACGGCAGAGGACGAGAUGGUUGGAUAGUGUUCUCGAAGCUACCAGCAUGAGUUUGACCAAACUGCGGGAGGCAGUGGAAGACAGAAGUGCCUGGCGUGCUCUGGUCCAUGGGAUCACGAAGAGUCGGACACGACUAAACGACUAAACAACAACAGUCAGUUAACUGUUGCAACUUUUAUCUAUAGCUAUGUCUUUGGUGCCAAGAUCCAAAGAACUAAGCAAUUUGUUUAGAGAGCUCAAGGGCAAGAUGUGUUUUCUCUUUCCAUAGCAUUAGCCCUUCUCUGCCCUGCAGAAGUAAGGAGAAUGACUUUUCUAUGUGUGUGGUCAGACUACAGAACUGUCCACUGACAGAAACCCACUUUUUCUAUUGUGUAUAGCUGCUGAGUGAAGUCUGUUCUCUGAUUCUUGUGUUUUGAGUUCUUGGCUGUUGUGAUUAUUUAAUCUUCUGUCCUGAUACUUUUAUCUGCUGCUUUGGAUUUUUAUUAUGACUGAUUGUUAAGCUACCUCGAAUGCCAUUUAUAGCAGAAAGGCAGCAUGCUGCAUUUUCAAAAUCAAUUGGUCACAUCGUUUUUAACUGUUAGUAUUGAAUGAUAAUAAACACAUGACUUUCCUACUACUUUGCCAACUUCCCCUUCUUGAAGAAAGUUGCUUUAGGAGCUGUCUUCCUUUCCUGGAUUCCUGCCAGUCUGGACAAAUCCUAAGGGUAGUCUUGGGCUGCAGUCUUUUAUGCAGGCCACUUAAACCCCAUUAGUCGGUAGCGAAGUAUUUGCAUAGCAAAGCAAAUUAUCGUUUCUUUUGAUGGCUUCCUAAGUCUUGAUUUUCAGUGCUGACAAGCAUUUUUAACGUGCCACAGCACAACAUCUUUGUGUAGAAAUACCUGCCAGCAUUUAAUAAAACAGGGGAUCUGAGCAAGGAACACAGCGACUGCACAAACUGUUUCCCUGUGCACCCAAGCAAUUAACAUGUCAUCUUUCCUGUGGCAAUGCCCCAAGAAAGGAGGCAGCGAUGUCUGGGCUUAUUGCAGUUAAACUAGCUGAGUCUCAGUUCCAAGUGCACUGAUUUGUCUUGGGACAUCCUGCUAGAACUACUAAAUCAGCAGCACUGCUGUAGUGUGGUAAAAUACCAGUAGCAGGGUGAACCCAAAGGAGUGAAACUCAUUUAGGGAGCAAUAAGGGUGUGGGUGCCAUCCUUUGACAUGUUGCAGAGAAUGGGUCACUCACUCCUGAGUGAGAGACAGAACCACAGCAACCCAUUCUGUUCAUGAUGUCAGAAAGAUCCUGGUCAGGGAUAGUUAGCCACUAUGACUCAUGCACUGGUAGCCUGACAUUUAGACUACUGCAAUGUGCUUGAUGUGAGGCUUCCUUUAUGGAUGGUCUGGAGGCUGUAGCUGGCGCAGAAUCCCAUAGCCUGGGCAGUGAGUGAUGCCCUUUACUGGGUGCAUACCACACCAGCAACCUUCUCUUGCUGAACAACCACCAGGAGUUUCAGUCUCACCAUUGUUCCUUUGGUGCAAUUCUAUUUACCUGCCCUAUACCUGAUGCCACAUACAGCAUCAGGUGUGGGGCAGGAGGGCAUUGUUUAGGAAAAACUUAUUCAUGGGUGGGCCAAAUUAGGACUCUUUUGGGCCUAAUUUGGCCUGCAGGUAGGAGGUUGGCUUACACUUUUCAUUGGGAAAGGAGCAUGACAGAGUGGAUACGGAAAUUUCAAGCACUUUGUUUCGUUUUGUAGGAACUGCAAAAUAAGAAGAAGCAAAAAGCAAAAAACACCUGCAUCUUCCCUUGACCUGAAUAUGAGGCAUUCAUAAUGUGCAAGAUAAAAUGCACAAACUCUAAGGUGCAAAUUGUGGAAGAAGGGACAGCCUAGUUACUAUUGAUUUAGCAUUUUUAAAUGUCAGUAAAAUGACACUGAUUUAAAUGACACUGAUUUGUGUGUGCCUGUUUGUGAAUCUCAGAGGGAAUGUGAAAUGAGAGGGAACCGAAUCACUUUGAUCUUUUGUAAAUGAGGAGCUGUGUGAUGUUGUAUACAGUGAUCCCCUUUUCAUCCUUCCUCAGCUUUCAGUAGGGAACUUCUCCAUCAGAUCUAAAGUUAGUCACAGAAUCCUGAGAUUCUUCCCCUCAGCCCUGCCUCUCAGUUCAGAACCAGGAUUUUGGGGCUAAAGCAAAAUUGGCAGGGGAGGAGGGAGAGAAAGGAAGUGAAGAAGGCAAUCUAACAACUCUCCUGGGACUGCUCCACCCCAAAAUGCGUGUGAAAGAUCACAUUUCAUUUCUUCUCCCCUGCAAAACCCCCUGCAUAUGGAAAACUAAUGCAUUAGGCAGAAGCAUAUAGCCAGGAUUUUUGUUAGGGGGGCAGGCCUUUUUUGGGAGGGCAGAACCUCUGUUACCUAUGUAUUUUUGUUGAUUUGGGAGGGAUGCUGCCCCUCCCUGCACCCCUUGACUAUGCCCAUGGGCAGAAGGCUUGGGUAGAACUCUUCUUCCUGAAUUGUUAUCUUUCCACAGGCAAAAACUGGACUGGAUGCAGUCCCAUGAUCCUCUAACCUGCAUUCUAAGGUAGCACAGUCCCAUGAGGUCUGAGCCAUAUUUUUAACUUUCUCGUGAUGAAAUGCUUAAUUUCCACAAUAAUCUUUAACCUGCUAAAUUUGCUAAUGAACUUCCAAAUGGACUAAAAUAAGAAUUUUGCUCAAGACUGGAAGGAAAACUAAAUGAUCAUUUAGAUGAAGGCAGAGGGCUGCCCUGGUAUGAUUAAAAUUAUUGAUUGUGGGUGUGUGUGAAUUGACAUAGAGUGGUACUUACUAGAAAUAUUAUGGGAGUCUUUAUUCAAAGUAAUGUAAGAAUCUCUUCUCACAUGAAGAGGACUUUCUGAGCAGAUGGGUGGUUUUUAAUUAGAGAAGAAAAUGGAAUGUUUUGUGCCUAACCAAACUGAAGUUUGCCAAAUACCAUAUUUUUUGCUCCAUAAGACACACUUUUUUCCUCCUAAAAAGUAAGGGGAAGUGUGUUUGCGUCUUAUGGAGUGAAUGCAGGCAGCGCAGCUAUCAUUGAACCCAGCAGAACAAGAGUGAGAGCUGCGCAGCGUCUCUUGUUCUGCUGGCUUCCCAGCGAAGCAGGAGGAGGAACGGAAGGGAGCCCUUACGGGCUGCACAGCUUUCACUCUUGCUCUUCUGGCUUCAGCGAUAGCUGCGCAGCUUGCUCUGGCUUUUCAGGGAGGUGGGAGAAGGGACGGAGGGCAGCCCGUCAGUCCCUUCUCCCACCUCCUGGUAAAGCUAGCAAGAACCGCUCUAUCUUUAAAGAGCCGCGCGGAGCGAGAGUGUCUGCGGCUCUUGCUGGCUUUUCUUGUUUUCCUCCUCUAAAAACUAGGUGCAUCUUAUGGUCGGGUGCAUCUUGUAGAGCGAAAAAUAUGGUAAAUGGCUUGCUGACCUUGAGAUACAUCAAAACCUGAUAAGGAGAGGGCAUAUCUGAGACUCUGCCAGUCAGAGUAGACAAUGAUAGAUCAAUGUAUAAGGUAGCUUUGUAUGCUCAUACUGUGGGUGUGAUCAACACAAUGGGGAAGAUAGCAAUAUUUAGAGGAAUUCUAAGAAGCACUUCAAAGUAGUGAAAUGAGGUGCUUACCUGAGUGACAGUAGAAGGAUGACAUUUACUGUACGAUGCCUUGGGAAAUGAGCUCAUGCAAAAAUAUGCUCAGCAGAUUGGCUGGAUAAAACAUGAAGAGCUUCUGAUUCAGAGAUCUUGAAAGCGGCUAUAUAAAUAAAAAUCAGCAUGUUUUCUACAACUUUAAAGAGUUUUUUUUUAAACUGACAGAGUGGUUUAAAUGUGAGAAGGCUUCUUUUUUAUCUUGCUGAAAAGCAACGUGCAUUAAAGGCUUAGUAAAGUUUAAGGUUUCUGGAGUGAGUUUUUGAUUCAUGAUUGAUUCUUUAGACUACGUUGCUAAUCAAAAUGCCACUGUGAAUCAUGAUAACCUUCAGAAGCGCUAUUAUUCUGGGUCUGCACUUCUCAGCAGUUCAUUUCGAAUAAGGACAGAAAAAGCCAGACACAACGUUUCUCCCUGACGCCCUUCAUUUCCCUAUGUAAUCUACAAUAUAAAGUUCUCAAAUCACAAAAAGUAGGCACUAAUGGCAAUAUCUGUAAUACAACAGCAAUAAAAUAAUAAUAAUGCAUUCAUUUCCUUAUGCUGAUUUAACUGAUUUUUAAAUUGCCUAUAGCGGUAUUCCUUUGAAAGCAAUUAUUCUAAAAAUAAAUUAUUAUUUCUUUUUUAAAAAUCUCAUUGUACUAGUAACCCCUUCUUCAAUCAGAGCUUAGAAUGUAAGGUAGGUCAUAUAAAGCACCUUCCCAUUUAUUUACCAUCUCUGUUCAAUAUGAAGCAGUUAAGUAAUUGGCCAAUCCUGGCUUUUCACAUGCCAUUACAUCCUUGAUGUAUCCUAAAAGAAAUCUUAAUGAUGACAGAUCUGUAGUAAUUUGUCUAAUAAUAAUUACUUUACAUUAUGCUCAAAUUUGUACACCUUCUGCCCCCAAGCUUAUGAAAGUCACGUGCUCUGAGUAAAGCUCAUCUCCAACAAUUAUCUGUUAUUGUCUUACCCAUUUUGCUUAAAUGUGAAGGGGUUAAGUAUCAGUGAUACAGAAUGUUGAAGCGACAUUCAUAUAAAGCAGUAGCAAUUGAGAUUUACAAAAAUACCUUCCCAUAUGUUUAACCACUGUGCUUAGUUUUUAAAUCAUGUUUUCUUCUUCCUUUGUUUACCUUAUUAAUCAAGCCCCAGCUGUUAAAAACCUGCUUUAUUUUUAAAAAGAUAGGGUUUAAUCCUGUGUAAGUUAUUUUUGCUUUGGCCCUAUUGAAAUCAGUGGGACUUCAUUUAGUCAUGACCGAUUUUUCCACAUUAAUUUCCAUGGGACCUAAGUCCAUGUAACAGUCUGGUUCCAACCCAUUUCUUUUUAAUGAUUUAUGUUGUAUCUUGAAACAACCUUAGUUUACAGCAUUAAUAAUGUUCUGCUCACACAUAUUAUUGUGUAGUCUGUAACUCUGGUUUUCCACGCUACCUUGGGUGAGCAAACCAUGUGAAGUCUGGUAUUUACCACACCAGUCUCCCUUCCCCAGUGUUAGCCUAUUUUGCUUUUAACCUGGGAGUAAGCCCUAGCAAAUUAAAUAUGACUUACUUCUGAGAAGACAUGGUUAGGCUUGUUCUGUUAUUAUCUGCCAUAUUUUAUUCUUCUUUGUCAUUCCUCUCUACAAACCGCCCUGAACCUGGCCAUUUGUGAUCAUAUUACAUGGAUGCUUGUAACAUCAUAAGUGUGAUAUCGAAAAUGCUGAUUCGCAACAACUUUUGUACUCCAUGCAGUCUUCAUAGAGUUCAAUGGAACAGACUCUGUGAAAACCAUUAGCUGUUAAAGUGCAUGAGAGCAAACUGCACAGAAAAAACAUAGAAGUAUAAUUCCAAAUAAAACUAGAGGUGCCAAAUGCUGAAGACAGUAAUAGCAGGUGUGAAAAUUCAUGUUAACUUUAACUUGUGCUUGCCUUUAAUUUUAAUUUAAAAUUUUGAGUUCUAGGACUUUUGUUCUAGGAUUUUUCCAUCCCUUAUGCCUUGACUACAUAAGGCUCUGCCUUCUCUCCAUGACAAUAGUAGGCAUGAACUCACAGGUACAAUUCUCCAGGCACUAUAUAACUUGCAGCUCAUUAGCUGCUCUUAUCCAGAGAGUUUCAAGUUUUUCUUUGAAUGAACCUUUUUAUUGAUUUGUAUUUUAUGGCACUGAGUGGUAGGAAAGCUGCUUCUGCCAAUAAUACUAAUAGGAUAAUACAAAUUAAUAAUAGCAUUGUUAUCCAUCUUUUUAUAUUUGAGGAAGAUUCUGGGGAAUAGUAGAGUGCAUGCAAGAGUUCACAGGAUCCAGUAUGGUUUAAUGAUGAAUGUUCUGGACUAGGAUUGGAAAAACUAUGGCUCAAAUCCCUGCUUACCCAUGAAGCUCACUGGGUGAACUUGGGCCCUAUUAUCAGCAUAACCAACUUCACAGGGUUGUUGUGAAAAUAAAAUGUGUGUGUGUGUUUCUUGGGAGAAAGGUAGGAUAUAAAUGUAAUAAAUUAGGGUUGCCCUAUUUUGAAGAGCAAAAAAGAGAAUGCAUUUGCUGACUUCUACUUUUAACAAUGGAUCGCUAUGCGGCGCUCAUCUCGCUUUACUGGCCGAGCGAGCCAGCGUACAGCUUCCGUUUACCUUCCCGCCAGAGCGGUACCUAUUUAUCUACUUGCACUUUGAUGUGCUUCCGAAUUGCUAGGUUGGCAGGAGCAGGGACCAAGCAACAGGAGCUCACCCCAUUGUGGGGAUUUGAACCGCCGACAUUCUGAUCGGCAAGCCCUAGGCUCUGUGGUUUAACCCACAGCACCACCUGCGUCCCAGAUAUGAGUAUAACGCACUAGAAAAAAUUUCUUUGGUUACUGUAAACAAAAAAACCAAAUAAAAAACUCCAGACAUUUUGCCAAAUUUUAAAAAUAGGCCUGGACAUUUUAAUUCUGAAAAAGAGGGUGUGUCCUGGAAAAAAAGAGGGCAUAUGGCAACCCUAAAUAAAUAGAUAAAAAUAAAAUGCCUACUGUGAACCCCCUUUGUGUUGCAGAAUAUUAUGGAGAAUAGUCUAGGAGGCAUUCUCAGUUCAUAUUUUUUAUUAUUUCAUUAGAUUUAUUACCUUCCCUUCUCCAUGAGAUCCCAGAACAAAUUACAACAAUUCAACAAUAUGGGAUCUGCUGGGGCACUGUGUAUGGAGAGUGAGAUCUUGCAGCAUAUACUGCAGAAAAAGAAGCUUCACUGCCAUUGGUGGUCUUACUUAUGAAUGAAGACACGUUUCUUGUGAAGUAGGAAAAUGUUACUAUGGUUUGAAGAAGACUAGAGCUGUAAAAUUAGGAACUGGGAGAUAUUGGGGCCAGGCAGACCACAGAGGCUGGGAAUCUAGAGAAAUCAAUAAAACUGAAGCAAUGCAUUAAUUUAAUUACACCUAAAAAAAAAUAACAACGAACUGUUGCAUAUGGAACAGGUAUUAACUAAAGGUUUUGUAAGGCUCUUAUGCAAAAUGAAUUCUAUCCUACACACAGCUUUUGUGUCUGAUCUUUGUUAGGACUAGCGGAAAGAAGAACAAAAAUGAUCCAAAUAUUUCCACAGUAAAACAAACAAGCAACAAACAAACAAACAAACAAACAGAAAUAAUAAACUGAAUACUUCAGCAGGAGGAUACGCACUUAGUUGAUUUUCAAAGGAGAACUGUGACUAAUUGCUGGAAAAUAACAAAAUAGUCACCUCCCUUGAGAAACACAAUACCAGGUCUGUUUCUAAAGCUUUCUUGUAUAUUGAGACACAAAGUGUGGAAAUCUUAAAGGCUCGCUGUGCAUCUUAAAUACGUCUUACUGCAAAAUGAAUGGCCACACAACUUUAGCUCUGUGAAAAUCUCUUGGAUUAAAAUAAAAAAGAGAGGAGGAAUUCUGAAAGGAGUGUUAAUGUGUUGCUAUGAGUACAAUUGUAAUUUAAGUGAUUGGAAGUGUUUACGAAGUACUUUCUAUCAUAAUAGGUGUUUUCUGAAAGGAGGAUCAGGGGACUCCAAAUGUUUUCUGUCUGGGGGAAAAGAGCUGCCUUCUGAAGAAUAUGUUGUCUAGCGUUUGCUUCAAAGGAAAAAAGAAUGUGUAGAUGCGUUUUAAACAGUCUUUCAGCUGUGUGGGUGCCAUUUUUCCAUGAACAGCUCCUGAGCUGUUGGGAGAACUUUAAAAUGAACCCCCUCCACAGGAGUUUGUAGGGCUUCACCAGUGUUGGCAUUCUCUUCCUUAGUGCAGUGCUGAUUUUGUAGGAAAUACACAUUCAUUCAUUCAGUAUCCCACCUUUAUCCCUGACAAGGACUCCUGAUCACUUGGUUGGGGAAUUUAUUUAUUAUUUUAUAUUUAUUUAAUUAAUUUUGAUGCCAUACACGACCCCCAAAAGGGCUCCCUCUCAGCUUAGAGUUCACUAUAAUAUAUAUCCCUACCCUCAGAUUUACAAUGUAAAAAGACAUGACACAAAAGGAGAAUGGAUUGGGACUGAGGAGGAAAUAAUCAAUCUUGGGCACCAGUUCUUAGUUGCAAAUUCUUCUAAUGACCAGCUGUGGAGGAAAAUUUCAAUGAGAGGAGGAGAUAAAUGUUGCUGGCCUCUCAGUUAUGAUGACUGAGUUUCCCUGCAUCCCAUCGGCUGCUACCAGGUGACAUUUAUUUGUUCUCCUAGCCAUGUGGCAGGUACUGAUGGUGCAGUUUGACUAGAUGACAUCCAGGGUCCCUUCCAAUCCAUGAUUCUGUGGUUCUAAAUUUGAAUUGAUUUAUUAAACUUGCAUAUUAAACUUUGUAUGAAAGAAGUCCCAAAGAGAUUUACAACUUGUAUUAGGCAACGGAACGCAUCAAAACAAUGACCAAAUCUGUGCAGUAACAAUGAUAAGAAAAAUAUCCUGAUGCUCAGUCACUUGGGGAGGUUUAUGGCCAAAUGGAGCUGGCCUUCUGUAUCCAUGUCCAACCACUACACCAUACAACCUGCUGUCUUCUAGAAGGCAUAGCCAAACAAAACACAAAAAAUGUGUUGUGCAGAUGGGAGACUUAGCUGAAGGUGAUGAUGUUUACCCACAACAACUGGAGUGUUGUCAGCCUUUAAAAUUAAUACUUUUAUUUUAUUACAGAGGAAAAAUUGCUAAAAGAGAGAACACAGUGGCAGCUAAAAGUUCACAUCACCUUCAUUUCCCCCAAGGAGCUAAAAUUCAGAAGCUGCAUUUGUACUUGAUGCUCCAGGGAAUAACUCUUGCCUGACAAGUUGGUUUUAUAUGGUGCAUUACUGAGUUUGCGGCUUAUUGUUAGCCAUUCUGCACUAUGCCUAAUACAUCGGAAUGUCCUGUAAAUGUACCUCUUAGGCUAGAAGGAAACCAGCUUCUUUUUUUGGGGGGGGGGAGCAAAUCUGAGAAAUGUAUUAAUAUAAACCAAGUUUAUACAUUUUGAAAGUUACGUUCCUUGGCCCCAUGAGCAAAUGUGUGGAAUCUUAACCUAUAUGAAUGUGCAGCAAGGAGAUGCAAAUGAUAGGAAUAAGCUGAGGAUUCUUUUGAGAGCCUCUUGGUGCUAUAAAGUGCCAUGUGCCCCACCUGAAAUGUCUACAUGCACAAAUCUAGUUUACUAAUAGAGGAAAUGAGAGAAUGUUCACCCUUGUACUGUAAUAAGGCCCACUAAUUUCAAUGUGUAAAUGUAAAAUACGUUUCAAGGGUAACUUGUCCUGUUCAUUAUCAUUUUGAAAUAUUAAUGUAACUAGAGAUGGGGAGCUUAGUUUUUCAAUAAAUUAUUCAUGUAGAAAACAGCAUCUACGUUGUGUUAAUUUUAGUACAUUAGCAAACCAGCCUGAAUUAGCAUCGGUUUUCCCUUGGGCUAUUACUUCACAUUGCUCUUGUGGUAUAAUAGAAGGUAGGGUGAAAUUUCUAGAAUGAAUGUAGCCCAUACACUUUUUGCUACCAAUGCCGAAGAAUUGGAAAUUGCCAUUUUUGUUGGCUUCUUCUUUUUUUACAUUGUUCUGCUUUGCACUUUACACAUUUGCACUGAAAUGAAUGGUAUGGAGGUAAUUAUGUCAUUCAUCACGCUAAAUUCGUAACUUGCAUAAAUAUUGCUAAGUAGUGGACAGGAAACGUAUAAUGUGGUACUUGGGGGAAACCAAACUGCAGCAGAACAGAAACCGUGCUGAUUGUGACAAAGACUUGUCAGAAUAUUGAAUUCAUUCUAUGUUGAUUGAAUUGUUUAUUGUCUUGUUGAAUGUGAGCCAUUUUGGACACAGUUCCCUGUAGAAAGGUGGCAUAUAUAUAUAAACUAAACACAUAAGAACAUGGUUUGACUUUGCAUUAUGAACAUAGGUACCAUGAAAGGUACUGUGUAUUGUGUGCAGCCAAGAUCCCAAUAAAACAAAGCAAUCAUGUUUCCUAGUUUAGCUUGAAUGCAAAUUAUACUGCAGUAUUUUCAAUUAAUGGGUGCCUAUUGCACGGAGCCUCAGCCAACUGGAAGUUUGCUGUAGCAGGUGCCAGUGUCAAAUGAGUAUCAAAAACAUGUUUAAACCCACAAAUUCAACAUACUUAAUGUUUCGCAUAUAGGCAUAUGGUAUAAAUUAUAAAUACCACAAUUGUGGUCCUCAUUCUGUUACUUUUGAUUGAAAGGCUUUAUUUCUCACAUUUCUCUCUGAUGCCCUGGGGGUACAGUUGUGUGGCAAUCCUAAAAUAACCUCACUUGGGAUAACACCUUUUGCUGUUUUCCUUACAGAGCAUUGCUAUUUCAGUUUGGAACUGUAAUUGCAAGUAACAAAGACGUACAUGCUUUAUAUAUAUCUCACUCACCACCCCAGCUGGAUAGCUCAAUUGGUUAGAGCCUGGUGCUGAUAAUGCCAAGGUUGUGAGUUCGACCCCCAAUAGGGACAGCUGCAUAUUCCUACAUUGCAGGGGGUUGGACUUCAUGAUCCUCAGGGUCCCUUUCCACUCUAUGAUUAUAUAAAUCUAUGUGAGCACCUGCACACUCUCUUUGCCCCAAGGAAGCAGCAACUGAAUCAUCAUAUGAUAUUUUCUCCCCCGCCCACCGUAUUGGACCUAUGUCUGUUAUUCACAGAAAAAAUAUAUUGCUAUUGAUUUUUGCAAAUAUGUAAUGAACCUUUUGUCAAUUACAAUGUGGGCUGAGGGGGCUUAGUAGGUCUUGUACUUUCUGUGAGCAUGACUAAAUAUCUCCCUGGGGUGCUUUAGGUUUUUGGUGAUGACUUCUACCUUGCAGAGGAAAAUGGGGGUGAGGUAGAAAGAUCUUUUGCCAAAACUGCUCUGAGGAACUUGUGUAUUUGCCAACUAGAUAUGUGAAGGCCCGGGGGCAGGAGGAAACCUGGGGAAAAUGUGUUUCCCCCCUGAAAAUUUUGGAUUGUGAUUUUUUUUUGGGGGGGGGAGAAUGAUGAGUGAAAGGUUUAAGACAAGGUGUUCAUAUAUUUACUUCACCAAGAUAAUUUCUAAAACCUUUAUGUUAGACUAUGUACAGUAUUAGAUCAUUACAAUUACAAACCAAGUUAUACUAAAUCCACUUUAUGUUUCUAAAGUAACAAAGUGGCUUUUGAUCUGUAAAGGGUAGUAAAAUAAAUUGCCCAUUUUUCACAUUUCUCCAUACUCAUAUAUUGUUUUGGCAAGUGCAAAUUAAACAGAUUCAGCUUUAAAUGCGUACUGGAUAACAUUUAUCCUCCAUCUAUUGUCUGCACCCUCCCUAAGGCUCACAUCAGAAAAAUGAAAUGCUGCCCCACCCAAUAUGAGCCACUAUGGAAAAAAAGAGAAGCUAGGCCAGUUUAUAGGUGUAAUUCAGAGGCACAAUUCUGUUUCUCUUCCAGCCCAUCAAUUAUUUCCUCCCUGCUCAUUCACGUGCUGCUCCCAUGUGGUAAUGUACCUGCAUGUGCCAGUUGUUCCAAUAUCUGAAUAAAGAGCUUUGUAGGGGAAAGGCAGGUGUAGUGUGCCAGCUUUGUACUGCCUAUGUAGGACACAGACUAUAUACGAAAAUGAAAAUCUCAAUUUACACAAGCCUUGCAAACCUCUCAUAUUCAUACCGUGCUCCCAGUAAUCUCUUUCUUUUACUUAGUCACAAAGCACAACCAAGGAGCAGCAAUAUACACGCCUUUUAAGUUAAUAAGAAAAAAGAAAUGUGAAAUUUAUGAUUUCUGCCUUUGAAGCCAACCUAGGAUUUGAACCAAACUUCUGCAGAUAACAUAUUUCCUUAGAUAUGGGACAUUAAUCCCUAAAAGAGGCAUUUUUGGAAACCUCUCCUCCUUGUUCUUUAAUUGAAUAUGUACUUUCUGUGAAACCAACUCCCCCACCCCAUAUAAUCUGACAGUCAGUGAGAAAGAAAGCAUACCCUUUUAAACAUUAUUUUUGGCAGCUGUUAUAGAACAGACCAUAAAAUAUAAUCUUGAAUUGUCAUUCAUUUAGCCUGUAUGCCUGAACUGGGAAAGGUGUAAGGCCACAUGAAGAAUAACAUUCCGUUUUUGUUUGAAAACUAAAAAUGUGUCACUCAUUAAAACUGUAGCUUGAUUUUAGUGUGGCCUCUAUAGUCAUCGCUUACAAAAAUGCAUCACCGAAAAGAGAACGGAUGAGGACUUGCAUAUGCUGAUGCAGAUGUGCAGAUGUAAAUUGAGAAGUAAUGACUCUAAUUUCAACAGAAAUAUAAAACAGCUUACCAAAAUGGAGAACACUGUGACCUGUGAGAGCCAGUGUGAUGUAGUGGUUAAGAGUGGUAGACUCGUAAUCUGGUGAACCGGGUUCACGUCUCCGCUCCUCCACAUGCAGCUGCUGGGUGACCUUGGGCUAGUCACACUUCUUUGAAGUCUCUCAGCCCCACUCACUUCACAGAGUGUUUGUUGUGGGGGAGGAAGGGAAAGGAGAAUGUUAGCCACUUUGAGACUACUUAGAGUAGUGAUAAAGCGGGAUAUCAAAUCCAAACUCUUCUUCUUCUUCUUGUAACUUGCUCAGGUUGCUGUCCAGGUGUUGGCUUUUGACUGACAAAUUCAGGGUCUCUCUUGCUCUCCCCCUUUGUGGUUCUUUAAACUGGACUUGGACCAGACAGGUAGAGGACUGUCCUCUGUAAAGUAGUCCACAUAUGCACAUAUCAUGAUUUUGAGAUGUGUGUGUUUGGGAGGGGGUUGACUGUGUGUUUAGUAAAAAUGUUCCUGCAUCAGAAGGCCUUUGAGCCUUGGCAAAGCUGAUUUCUGUUGCUUCAAUACCCUCUCUCCUCUGAACUAGUUUUCCUUUGGAAUUUUCGAAUCCCCAUCAGAAUUCAGUGAAUCCAUUUAAUUAUUUGAGCAUUUGUUGCCAGGGCAUAAUACAACUGUAAUUUGUAGUGUUCACAGGGCGUAACCAAUUGAACUAUCGGGGGGUGGUGGUAUUCAUUUCAUGUAUUUCUGUGCAACAUAGGAUUUUUAGUUAGGAAUGUAAAUAUGGCUUGAUAAGAAAGGUGAUAUGAAGGGGCUUAGUGAGACGAUGGGAUAGUUGUAAAAUAGAUUAAAUAUGACAAGAGCACAGAUAUCAUGACACUGUAUAAGUCCAAGGAAAUUUCCCUCCAACGUGUGGAAGAGAAAGGGAUAGGCCCCAGAAUGAACAAAAGGAAACUGAGCUUUUGGGACUAUACUAUUCAAACCCCCCCCCAAUGGGAAAUUUUUAUAACAAGGCUAGUUCCACUUUAUAAGUAAAUAAAACAAAUGAAUGGCAGUUAAUUGUUAGAGGCAAAAGCUCACAAGGUGAGUAGAAAUAGGGCAGGUAGAUCUCAGAGUUUGAAAGCCUUGGUACCAUGACAGAAAAGGUCCACCCUUAGAUUGUGAAGGGAACACAGACCAGAACUCAGUGUUUGGGUGGUUUUAUAUGAUGCCAAAAUGCUUCUGUACAUUUCUGAUAAUGAUGAACAGAUGUGAUGGAAGAGAGAGAAAGUGUUUAAUGCAGGAAGCAGGCAAUUAAAAAAGCAGGGGGGGGAUUUCAGAGGGAGUAAGAAGAGGCAGGUGAGAAGUUCAGUAAACCUGAAGAUGGAUGUGACAUGACAUGUGAAUGCAUAAUCAGCAGCUGACUUUCAGGCUCCAGGUUCCCUGAGCAACAAGUAUGGGAGAAGGUAAACUAGGAAUUCCUGUGCAAUGUGGCUUCCUGACCGUGGGGAUGGAGAUGCAGGGGUAAGGAAGGGGAUUGGUUGAGACCCAAGUUCUUGAGUCUAUGGGAUUGAUGAAGCACAGCUGUAAGACCAAAAAGCCUUUGGGAUCAGAAGGCUGGGGAGAGGAGGGGUGCCACUUUAAUAUUUCACCUAGUCAUAGAGAAAUGUCAUUUGUGGCCUUUUAUGUUUCUAAGUUGGUUCUAUCUCUUUCAAUUACCUUUGACAUGAACUUUGUUAGUUUGUAACUGAAUUCAUCUGUUUGGUAAAUAAUGACGAGGUUGUGAUCAUUAUUAUUAUUAAUUAUUAUUUGGUUGUGGGUGGUUGUGUUGGACAACCUUCUAAUCUUAUAAUUUGUCUUCUGCUGGUUAUGUCUUCUGUAUUGCUUGAGAAAACGGUAAUAAAGUGUAUGGAAACAUACGUUACUAGUGAAAAAAUGUAUAAUACCGAUCAGAUAUUCACAUAUAUAAUCUUCCAACCCUUCAAACUGUUUCUUCCGGAAUUUCUUUGGGCAGCAACCAUGUUACUUACAAAGAAGUUCAACAUACACUGCUCUGCUCCCGUACAUUAUCUGGUCAUGGCAUACACAGAAGUUUACACUUCUGUGGUCUUUGCCUUCUGGUCCUGUUUUCCACCCACACAGUCUCCGGAGAUGAGUCACGCAGAUUAGCUCUCUGCUUCUGUUCUGUGCUAAAGUGUAAUCGACAAAAUUCUGUUCAGAAGUGGCUGAAAUUGGAUGGAUUUUUCUUCUCUAGCUAUAUAAUGCGUCUUAUUGAACUUGUUAUAUCUUCUAAAUGUCUCUUUAAAAUCAGGCGGGGUGGGGAACCUUUGACUGGAGGGCCUUCUUAGCACUUGCACAUACCGCUGCCUUUGCUGAUGUCCCUCUUUCAGGUGAGGGCAGGAGAGUUUUUGUAGCCAAAAGAAGGAGAUGAAGAAGAUGAGAUGAGAGUUCACAUUGAAUGUGCACCGAGUGCAGCAGCUUCCACCUUCCCUUCUCCUUGCUCUGCUGUGCUUCUCCACCCAGAGAAAGCAGUUUUGCCAAUUCCUACCCAUGCCAGUCCCAUCCCCCCCUCAAUCCAGAAUUCCCCUGUGGUGUAAGGACAACAGAAUCUCUUUCCUGGGGGUUGGGGGUUGGGGUAUGGCUUCCAGCAAAGAAUGGCAUAAGCAGUAAGUCAAGAAAGACGGGGUGAAGGGAAAGGGGGGAGCUUUGUGUUAGUGCCAGUGAUGCAAACACAGAACUGGCAUUUUGAAGGUCUUGGCCCCAAGAAGCUGGGAAAGCUGAGAGGUACUCAAGCAAGAUCAAUUUCACAUAGCAAUUGGAGCUUUAUCAGCCAAAUCUUUGGCUACAGGCCACUAGUUCUUAAGUCAACACAUCCUUCACUAUUAUGCUCCAGCCAUGAUGAUGUUUGCUUUUGCUCUGACUACUUUUUUUUGCACACUUAGCAACUCUGCAUACUGGGUGGGGAAUGUCAUUUCAUUUUUCCUCUUGUUAGUUAGGAAUUACUAAUUGUAAGAAAGGUGUCAUGCUAGCUGACAUGUACAUUCCUGGCAUUUCCUCCUUCUUUUUAAAGGCAGGAGGUCCAGGACUUCUCAUUAUCUGAAACUUGCUUUCUCUGACAUGGGUUAAAGUUACUUAGCAGUGGGUGAGGAAAUACACUGAGUUGCACUUUUCCACUUUUCUUCAGUAGAUGUUUCCAUCCUGAGUCCUAGCAUCAGCAUGCUAAAAGGGUUUUGGGUCUGGACACGAAGCCUCCUCAGCAGAGAGAUUUUUGCAGUGUUUUGCUUCUGGUCUUCAUGUUGGCUUCCCAUGUUCUAUCCGCUUCCUAGCUAUCCAUUCUUAACAGCUGCUAUUUUGGGAGCUGUUCAUUGGAAGCCAGUGUUUCACAUUUCCUGAGGCUUUCUAGCACCCAUCUUUCAAGCAUCAUAGCAGCCUACAUAAAGGCUGUGAAUGUUAACUGAAACCAUCAUGAUGCAGCCGCAACUGAAGUGAAGAGAAAAAGGCAAGAAUGUGACAACAGCCUGAUGUUUAGAAGAGGGAGGGAUUGGCAUUUUGGGUGUUGGCUUAAUUUUUUACUGUGUUCUCCUGCAGAUGGUUUGAUUCCAUCUACAUAUGGAAGACUGAAUUGCCGGUUGCAAAUGUCCUUUAGCAUUUUAAAAGAGAAGCAGGGGGAGUGGCAGUGGGUUUGUUGUGAGGGAAAAGAUGACAAAGCUGAAAACGCACUUAUUAAAUGUUUUAAAGCUAGAAACUUGCUUAAGAGCAAGGGUUCCUUCCUCCACAAUACACGUUUCCUGUUCCAGACUUGCACAUGUCACAUUGAGGUAUAGCUAAUCAGAAGUCCCCUGCAGAACAGAGACAUCCAACUUUUGGGGACCAGUGGGAACAUUUAGAAUAUUGAGAAAGGGUUAUGGGUGCCAAUAACAAAAUGGCUGCCAAGGGAUGUGGCAUAACACAAAAUGGCUGCCUCAUCUAAAAGAGCAGAAGAAGAGACAGGACCACAGAAUUGUGCAGGUAUAUACAUCCCCAUCAGCAGGAAAAAGAUGCCUACAUCAGCCACUAAUGCACUGACUCUUCAUACCUCUGUUCAGAACAGAAGGAGGGGAGGGUGUCCACUUCUGGCAUCCAGGGACAGGUCAGCAUAAGUAUGUGUCCAGUGCAGGAGAGACCAAACCAGUGCAGAGAGAAAUUGAACAGGAAGAGCAAACAGCCUCAUGUGGAUUUUUGAGGGGAUUUUUUCUCAGGCCUUAUGUGGGCAUCAUAGGAGGUACUGGCGGGCACAUUAGCACAUGCCAGAAUCAGAUACAAAUGUGGUGUGCUCAAACAUGUAUUUUGAAUCUGUGUAUUUAGCAUGCAGAAUAAAAUAUGCAAAAGAGCAUAAUACAUAGCAGCUCUAAGAACAGGAUGUUCCAGAGAGAGACUACAACUCCUCUCAUGUCCCAGCUGGCACAUCCAAUGGUCAGGGGUGAUGGAAGUUGUAAUUUACAACAUUUUACUAUCCCAGGUAAUACCAGCAAUGGCAUGCUACUUUGGGGUCACUGCUGUGCUGCCUGCUUUUUUGUUUUGUUUUUAAAUCUAGCUAAACUACUCUCUUAAGAGAUUUCCUCAACUUUCUUGCAGGCAGUGUUAAAUAAUGCACCUUUUAAUCUUCUCUCUCUUUGUCACUGUAAUCAUCUAACUGCAGUUCAUCCCCCUAACAUAUUUAUCUUCACCUGUUUAUUUUGGCAAGACUGCAUAAGGGGAUAAAGUGAUGCGACAGUGUUAAUCUGCUCUGUUCUUCCUGUGUUUGUUUUUCCUUGAAUCAAUCAAACAAAAAGUCACAUUUUACGUUAUGGAAGCUUUCUGUAAGCACCGUGUUUAUCCAUAAAGGGCAAUGGCUAAAGCUAAUGAGCAUUAGGUAUUAGUCAUUUUUACCUCUGAUAAUGGGCAUAUAAUGUUAUUAAAAGAAAACAUCACACCCUAUUGAACAAGGGAUGGCAGCUCAUAUUUAGCCUGCUUAUACAAAGUUGUCUUCUGACUAUAGUUCUGAUACCAAUCAUAUGCUUCUGGUGGUGUUCAUUGCUGUUGGCACUACAGGCACUAUAGUAUUCAUUCAAGAUAGUUUUAAAUGUCCUGUGUGUUUUCAUGUAAGUAUGCAUGCAUGCAUACAUACGUGGUGUGUGUUUGGAGAAUGCAGCUUCUAUUGUCUGUACAUUAAAGCAGACAAACUUCAGCAAUUCACCCAGUUAUAUGCAUUUCCAAAUAUGACAAACCUGAACCAUUUUAAGGGAAAAUAUUUGGAUAGAGAAAGGAGAAAUGAAACCAAGUUAUGAAAGUAAAGCCACUAUCAUAUUUUUCCUCUACAUUGAGCUUAUGUUUGUUCACCUAGUUCCUGAUUGUUUCUGGACACCUGCAGUCUUACUAGUGCCAAAGUGACAUUUUCAAUGUGGGCUUCCCUAGACAUCCUUUUAUUGUUCAUUCAUGAUGAUUUGUGCUCAUGGUGGUAUUGGAGUGGUUAUAUGCAAUCCUGCUUUCAAUACUUUGCACCUGCAAAUGUUUUGGGGCAGACAUUUCCACUAAGUGUGUUUCCUGUAACUUUCUCAGAUUUUCUAACUUUUUGGACCUGCUUUUGUUGCACUAAGGCACAAGGGUGGCCCUCCAGGUGGCAAUAAUGUGCUAACAGUAGAACGAUGUGUGGAUGUUCCAUUAUAAAUCCACCACUAAUAUGCUAUUUUUGUGUUAAUAACAUGUUGCAGAAUACAUAUACAACAAGCAAGCAACCAGACCCAAAUCUGGACAGGCCCUGUAUUCUUCUAUAUACUUAACAAGGAGGAUUUUGUAUAGUAACAGACUUCCAUCAACUCAGUUGAGCAUCACUAUAAAGUGUUGGAUGCAUUUCUUAUUGGGAGCAGCUGCACUGUCAUCUGCUAUGUGCUGCUGGAUUUUCAAUUUCCCAUUUAUUCAUACAGUAAACAAAGAAUGAAAUGGAACUGUCAAACCGAAUCCUAUUGACUUGAUGGACGGUUGGGCAGAAAUGAAAUGACAAAUCUUCCACAGUCUGCAAAAGAUAUAUUAAAAAUGUCAAAUAUACCUCACAAUGUCUCACAAUGAACUAUCUUACACAGAUUACAAAUAGUUUAUAAUUAUUAUCAAAGUAUACAUAUAUGAUACGCUAGCUGGUCAGAGAAAUAAUGCACACAAUAAACAGAGGAAUCUAGUCAGCCCAUGGCUUAUAUGAAUAAAGCAACCAUAACCAGCCUGGUAUCCUCCUGACGUUUUGAAAUACAACUCCCAUCAGCCCAGUUAGCAUAGGCAAUGGUCAGGGCUGAUGAAAGUUGUAGUCCAGCAACAUCAAAAGGGCACUAGAUUGGGAAGGCUGAAAUAUCUAAGUCAGGCAUAGGAUGCCACCUUGAACAACGAUGAAAGUCACUUCCCCAGGAUGACAGGGGCAGGAACAAAGAUGCUGUUUUCUCUCCCGAAAGAGCACUUCUACUUUCAAAUUGGUUUGUUUGCUGCAUCUUUGGAGAUAAGAAGUUCCAUCUUCAGCUCUCAUUGAGCCAAGUGUUGUGAUACAAAAGGAGAAGAGCUAGAGAAGAGCAGUGAAUAUAUGGCCUCUCCCUAUACCAUGUAAUAGUGGAUGAGGAGGCUAGGCUUGUUGCAGAGGAGUUAUGCCAUUCUUUACACCCCCUUAAAUAAGAAAUAAACCAGUGCCUAAGUCGGAGAAGUGAAAUGCAUAGUUUCACAGAAUUAAAUGGUCCUCAAAGGAAAGUUCCAAAAGUAACUCAGCCAUAUUGGGGCGGAGGGGUUAUGUCACUGAAUUGCGUAAGAGACCCAGUCAGUAUAUGUGAUAAUGGUGUGAAUCCAUUCCAUGCUGUGUGUUCAUGGUUAGUAUGCUUUCUGUAUCUGGGAAAAGUAUGAAAUUAUGUGCUUUAAAUGUGUGGGAAAUGCAAUAUCCUCACAAUGGAAGGAAAGAUAUGUGCACUGUGUUCAAAAUCCUCUAAAGCUUGGGAUAAGCCAUCUGGUAUGAAAUUUGUCCCACUUACUGGCCAAGAAAUUGCAAGAGGGAAAACGAUAACUGUUUAUUGCCCAUUUUUUGGGAGAAAGCAUUAACACUCGCUUUGAUCGCUGCUCCAACACACUGAGUGAGUUCUGGCAUGAGUAGCUUUCCACAGAAACACUUAAAUCCUUCAGAGCCCCUGCAGUAUCAUUAACAAGACUGCUCCAGUAACAGCCAGCAAGUAAAGGAAAGUGAACAAAAGAGCCAAAUAAUUCUUAGGUCGAGGAAGAUCUAAUGGGGCAGGGAAGACCACUGUGAAAACUCACAAUGUUCCAAAAAAGUGCAAUGGCAACAUUCAGCCCAUACCGGUAAGCUCAGUGACCUUGGCAUUGAAGCCUAACACUCUCUGUCUCCCUAGUUUGGCCAUUAAAUUUGUUGGUAUCAGGUCUGGAAGCCUUCAAGCUCAUCAUGUUCAUCAGAUGGUUUUCUCCUUUUCCCCAACCCCAAUGUAAAGUUCACAGCUUUUAAGGAGCAAUUUGGUAGAGGAGUAGAGAAAACGACUCUAUUUGAAUUCAAGACUGCUCCAUGAUGGCAGUAACUUGUGCAUCAGACAAUAGUGUGAAUUAGACAGCUUUUACGUCAAAUAAAUAUAUCUUAUAUGGCUUAGUUGUUGGUUCCCAGACGAAGAACUCAACACUUUGUAGCACUUAUCUGACAAAGGACAUGAACAUGGUGUUUAAGUAUUAGGGAAGCAAGGCCUAUGGUCUAUUUUCUCAAAUGGAAGAGGUCUAGGAUUGUGAUUUUUUUGCUGUGUAGAUUCUUGCAGCCCACCUUCAUUCUUUUGUUCUUGUGUGUUUUUGUCCUUGGAACAUUUCCUUCCAGGAUAGUACAAAGGUUUUGAGAGCCAGUGUGGUGUAGUGGUUAGGAGUGGUAGACUCAUAAUCUGGUGAACCGGAUUCAUGUCUCCACUCCUCUACAUGCAGCUGCUGGGUGACCUUGGGCUAGUCACACUUCUUUGAAGUCUCUCAGCCCCACUCACCUCACAGAGUGUUUGUUGUGGGGAAGGAAGGGAAAGGAGAAUGUUAGCCGCUUUGAGACUCCUUCGGGUAGUGAUAAAGUGGGAUAUCAAAUCCAAACUCUUCUUCUCUUGUUUGAGGAGUGAAUUCCAAACAGCUCUCAAACCCACCUUCUGCCAUUAAAGUAAAUACUGAUGUAAUGCUCCAGUUAACAUUAGUGGAAAUAGCUCUGGGAUUGUCCUGAAUGCUUCUGGACAUUGUUGCAUGGGAUGCUAAUAUAUAACCAGGUACAUAGCUGAUUAAACCUAAUUUAAUACAGCAGAUGUUGCCGAGACCACAUUAGGCUUAAAGAGAAGCUAUUCUGUCUCACUUGAUUGUGAACUAAGCUGUGUACAAGCUGCAUGACUUCUCCUCCUACACAUUCAGUAUUAAAACUGCACAAAUCACAGAUUUCCUGCAUGGCAGAUAUUACUUUAAAAACCUGUUUCCCAGAUGCCUUGAAAACAGACAGAGCUUUGCUUUCCCCAUAAUUGUCAUUUUCCUGUGAGCAGAAUGUUCGAUUUCUUUCUUGCAAAAUUGUCUUUUAAAGUGAUUUCUGGAUAAUUUCACUGUAAUUGAAGGCAAAAACACGACAGAAUUCUGACUUCAAAUACAUAUAGAUUAAUUAAUUUCCUGUUUCUUAUGGUGUUUAUAUUUGAAAAAAUGUAUGGCUGCAAAAAUUGUGUACAUAUUUUAAUAUUUAAAGCUGACAGGGAAAUGGAUAUAAUCAGAAACACCAAGCUUAGUAACACACAAGUCACACUGGAUUUCCCCUAAUGUUUAGUAGAGAAUAGAAAUAACAUUAGAAAGUACAAUUUUAUUCUAAGUUUCGGACAAAAUGCUGCUCACAAAGAAGACUAAGCCUUAAAUUUUACUCUGUAGUCUGUGAGGUUCUAUUUACAUAAAAUUGUUAUAAAAACUGUUCAGGAUUUGUUUCUGAUAUUCAGACAACAAGUAACCUUGUAUCUUCCCCCAUGCCCAGUAUUUUUUGGACUUUCUGUGAGUCCAUUUAUAAUUUUCAACAAUUAAAAGAUCCAGGAAUCUGGCAAAUCUUAUAGAAGGGUCUCAUGCUUCUUCCUUCACAAACGUGCUUUCUUUGUAGCCGUAAUAUAAGGCCCAAGCUUUCAAAAGCAGAUUCUAACCUUUGGUUGUAUCAAAAACAAAUGUAGAUCAAAGAGCAUUUUUCCAAGUAAUUUGUCACUCUACUCUAGCCUUCUCCAACCAGAUGAGGUUGGACUCCCAAUUCCAGUCAGACCCAAACAGCAUGGCCCAAUGACCAGGGAAGAUGGGAAUUGUGGACCAAAACAUCUGGAGGGCGCCAGGUUGGGGAAGGCUGCUCUUCUUUACUAUGAGGUUGCUAGUGUUAUGGGGAACCCACAAUCAGAGGUAUGUUGCUACCAGCCUUCUGUUGCCUCUAAGGUGAGGUGAGGUCAAUUCCCAUGGCUAUGAGAUAGCACUAGGUCCACUCCAGGACACUUCAGAUAUGAAGUACUUGCUAUUAUUACAGCCACAUAUAGCUGACAGAUUAAUAGCACUUUCCCACAUUAAUUUAUGGAGAUUAUGAUCUUGUAUCACCAAAAUUAUAUUUUAGGGCACUUGUCAGAUGAGAUUUCUUCAUUGCAGGAGGUUGGACUUGGGUUCCUUCCAUGAUUCUAUUAUUAUUUUUUCCCUUGUUCCGAAUGUCAACUAACUUACUAUUUAUUAUUCUGGUACACAGAAAACUGCAUUUCUUAAUAGAAUGAAUGAAGGGGAAAGGCAUUUGAAAUGGGCAAAACAAAACAUUAGAUGCUAUUGUGGUUUGGGGGGAUUAGAGACAGACUGAAAAGCAUUUUUUUUUUUUUUUUGUAAUACACACUGAUCAUCUCAACAUAAAGCUCCUUUUUUGGAAACAAGUGAAGCCUUGUUUACUAAAACUGUGACCACAUAAAUGCAACACAAACAUUUUUCAUAUACUUGUUGUUGUUGUUGUUUAGUCGUUUAGUCGUGUCCGACUCUUCGUGACCCCAUGGACCAGAGCACACCAGGCACUCCUGUCUUCCACUGCCUCCCGCAGUUUGGUCAGAUUCAUGUUUGUAGCUUCGAGAACACCGUCCAGCCAUCUUGUCCUCUGUCGUCCCCUUCUCCUUGUGCCCUCAGUCUUUCCCAACAUCAGGGUCUUUUCCAGGGAGUCUUCUCUUCUCAUGAGGUGGCCAAAGUAUUGGAGCCUCAGCUUCAGGAUCUGUCCUUCUAGUGAGCACUCAGGGCUGAUUUCCUGAAGAAUGGAUACGUUUGAUCUUCUUGCAGUCCAUGGGACUCUCAAGAGUCUCCUCCAGCACCAUAAUUCAAAAGCAUCAAUUCUUCAGCGAUCAGCCUUCUUUAUGGUCCAGCUCUCACUUCCAUACAUCACUACUGGGAAAACCAUGGCUUUAACUAUACGGACCUUUGUUGGCAAGGUGAUGUCUCUGCUUUUUAAGAUACUAAGUUUGCCAUCGCCUUUCUCCCAAGGAGCAGGCGUCUUUUAAUUUCAUGACUGCUGUCACCAUCUGCCGUGAUCAUGGAGCCCAAGAAAGUAAAAUCUCUCACUACCUCCAUUUCUUCCCCUUCUAUUUGCCAGGAGGUGAUGGGACCAGUGGCCAUGAUCUUAGUUUUUUUUAUGUUGAGCUUCAAACCAUAUUUUGAGCUCUCCUCUUUCACCCUCAUUAAAAUGUUAUUUAAUUCCUCCUCACUUUCUGCCAUCAAGGUUGUGUCAUCUGCAUAUCUGAGGUUGUUGAUAUUUUCCCGGCAAUCUUAAUUCCAGCUUGGGAUUCAUCCAGCCCAGCCUUUCGCAUGAUGAAUUCUGCAUAUAAGUUAAAUAAGCAGGGAGACAAUAUACAGCCUUGCCGUACUCCUUUCCCAAUUUUGAACCAAUUAGUUGUUCCAUAUCCAGUUCUAACUGUAGCUUCUUGUCCCACAUAGAGAUUUCUCAGGAGACAGAUGAGGUGAUCAGGCACUCCCAUUUCUUUAAGAACUUGCCAUAGUUUGCUGUGGUCGACACAGUCAAAGGCUUUUGCAUAGUCAAUGAAGCAGAAGUAGAUGUCUUUCUGGAACUUUAUAGCUUUCUCCAUAAUCCAGCCCAUGUUUGCAAUUUGGUCUCUGGUUCCUCUGCCCCUUCGAAAUCCAGCUUGCACUUCUGGGAGUUCUCGGUCCACAUACUGCUUGAGCCUACCUUGUAGAAUUUUAAGCAUAACCUUGCUAGCGUGUGAAAUGAGUGCAAUUGUGCGGUAGUUGGAGCAUUCUUUGGCACUUCCCUUCUUUGGGAUUGGGAUGUAGACUGAUCUUCUCCAAUCCUCUGGCCACUGCUGAGUUUUCCAAACUUGCUGGCAUAUUGAGUGUAGCACCUUAACAGCAUCAUCGUUUAAAAUGUUAAAUAGUUCAGCUGGAAUAUCAUCACUUCCACUAGCCUUGUUAUUAGCAGUGCUUUCUAAGGCCCAUUUGACUUCACUCUCCAGGAUGUCUGGCUCAAGGUCAGCAACCACACUACCUGGGGUGUACGAGCCAUCCAUUUUUUUCUGGUAUAAUUCCUCUGUGUAUUCUUGUCACCUCUUCUUGAUGUCUUCUGCUUCUGUUAGGUCCUUUCCACUUUUGUCUUUUAUUAUGGUAAUCUUUGUACGAAAUGUUCCUUUCAUAUCUCCAAUUUUCUUGAACAGAUCUCUGGUUUUUCCCAUUCUAUUGUUUUCCUCUAUUUCUUUGCAUUGCUCGUUUAAGAAGGCCUUCUUGUCUCUCCUUGCUAUUCUUUGGAAAUCUGCAUUCGAUUUCCUGUAUCUUUCACUAUCUCCCUCGCACUUUGCUUGCCUUCUCUCCCCCGCUAUUUGUAAAGCCUUGUUGGACAGCCACUUUGCUUUCUUGCAUUUCCUUUUCAUUGGGAUGGUUUUAGUUGCUGCCUCCUGUAUAAUGUUACGAGCCUCCAUCCAUAGUUCUUCAGGCACUCUGUCCACCAAAUCUAAAUCCUUAAACCUGUUCCUCACUUCCACUGUGUAUUCAUAAGGGAUUUGACUUAGAUUGUAUCUUACCGGCCCAGUGGUUUUUCCUACUUUCUUCAGUUUAAGCUUGAAUUUUGCUAUAAGAAGCUGAUGAUCUGAGCCACAGUCAGCUCCAGGUCUUGUAUGCUGACUGUAUAGGACUUCUCCAUCUUUGGCUGCAGAGGAUAUAAUCAAUCUGAUUUCGAUGCUGCCCAUCUGGUGAUGUCCAUGUGUAGAGUCGUCUCUUGUGUUGUUGGAAAAGAGUGUUUGUGAUGACCAGCUUGUUCUCUUGGCAGAACUCUAUUAGCCUUUGCCCUGCUUCGUUUUGAACUCCAAGGCCAAACUUGCCAGUUGUUCCUUUUAUCUCUUGACUCCCUACUUUAGCAUUCCAAUCCCCUAUAAUGAGAAGAACAUCCUUCUUUGGUGUCGUUUCUAUAAGGUGUUGUAAGUCUUCAUAGAAUUGGUCAAUUUCAGUUUCUUCAGCACCAGUGGUUGGUGCAUAAACUUGGAUUACUGUGGUGUUAAAAGGUCUGCCUUGGAUUCGUAUCAAGAUCAUUCUAUCAUUUUUGAGAUUGCAUCCCAGUACAGCUUUUGUCACUCUUUUGUUGACUAUGAGGGCCACUCCAUUUCUUUUACGGGAUUCUUGCCCACAGUAGUAGAUAUGAUGGUCAUCCGAACUGAAUUCGCCCAUUCCCGUCCAUUUUAGUUCACUGAUGCCCAGGAUGGCAAUAUUUAUUCUUGCCAUCUCAUUUUUGAGAUGGCAAGAAUAAAUAUACUUAGCUAUUUUUAUUAGUUAAUUAUUUAGCUAUUUUAAAAUGGGAGGCUAUAUGCAGGUACCAGCCCUUAGAAACCUUGGUUUUAAGCAGUAUAUAUAUUGUUGAGAUAAAUAUUAAGAUGCUUCCAGUGAAGACUUUCUGAUUAAUCAUUUCACUAAGAGCUGAUUAAUCAGCUCACUAAGAGAUACACUAUCUCUGUAAUGCACAUUUGAUUGUCACUAGUGAGCAAUGCAAUCUCUAUGGUGCCAGGGAAGGCCCAACUCACCUCAUGUUUCCACAGUGAAGCAAGAGCUUCAGCAGGAACACUUGCUCUAUCCAAUGGAAAAUCCCCCAGAGCCAUCAGAAAUACCUCAGAAUCCAUCAGCUUCUGAUGGCGGACCAUCCAGCUUGGUCCCCCAAUCCUGCAGACAGAAGUAGUUGAUGCUAGAUUAAACUUCACCAGAAAGUGGACCAUAACCAUGGGAUAAUAUCUACCCUACUUCCAGACCACUCACCUCCUCACAAGGAGCAAAGAUCAAAUCAAGGGUAUGUCCUGCUCUGUGUGUCGGGCGAGUGACCAUCUGAGACAGUCCCAAUGGUCACCAUGGAGACUAUGAAAUAACAAGCUGGUCUCAAGGCAUCCUCAGUAUGGAUGUUGAAGUCAUCCAGAGAGGCUGUUGGGCAGCAGGGUGGAUGGUACACCAACAGCAUCCCUAGUCUGCUUCUUUGUCCCAGCACCAGAUGCAACCUCCCAAGGAGGAGAGGGAACUUCAUUGGCCUACCACAGUUCCCCCACCUUGUCUCUCCAGCUUGGCUUGGUACCUUACCAAAUACCCAGGCAAGCAGAGCUGCAUUAUGCCCGGCCCAUCUUGCUCCCCCACCUAGGUUUUAAUAAUAAGUGCCUGGUCAUACCAUGUUUGUUUAAAUAUAACUCAUAUUACGGUUUUCUCAUAUGCCUAAUGUAUUUUGACUCUUGGUCUGAAUUUACAUUUAGAAUGAUACUUUCUAGUGCAAUCUUGAAACGUAUUUUAAUAUUGAAAAUGAUUAUUAUCCAACUCUUUCGCCCUUUAGACAAAACAGCUUAUAUGAAUCAGAGACUAUAUUAUGAUUUUGUUGCCAGACCUAAAAGAAAAGUCACAUUACCAGAUGCUCAGAUUGUAUUUCUCAGCACCAGCAUUGCAGCAGCUGUAGAUGUUGAAGAGACCCAGUAUAGGGUUUUAAUAGCUCUGCUUGCUGCUCCAACAAAGUAAUGUAAUAAUAUUGUUAAUAUUGGCAAUUUGUUUAUGUAUAUGUAUAGUGUAUAUAAAUUAUUGUACACUCAUAUAUUCAAAGACUCUGGAUUGGUGGCACAGAGCCCCCACCCUGGUGCCACCUCACCCUUCUCCCUCCCAGUAAAUGCCAGAUAUGUCUCUGGGAAGAUAGCAUUGCAUAUCCCACCCCACGAGGUGAGUCAUUUUGAAGUAUAGUCAUACCUUGGAUCCUGAACGACUUGGUACUCGGAUGUUUUGGCUCCCGAACGCUGCAAACCCGGAAGUGAGUGUUCCAGUUUGUGAACGUUCUUUGGAACCCAAACAUCCGACGGGGCUUCUGAAGCUUCUGAUUGGCUGCAUGAGCUUCCUGCAGCCAAUCAGAAGCCACAGUUUGGUUUCCUAAUGUUUUGGAAGUCGAACAAACUUCCAGAACAGAUUCUGUUCAACUUGCAAGGUACGACUGUAUAGCAUACAUGCCAGUUUUACAGGGUUCACUGGAAAUUCUGUUACUGUAGACAAAUAACUGCAUUUAAAAAAAAAAAAGUCUGAAUGGGAAUCUUAGAAAAUCAAAUACGACAACAACAAUAAUGCAGAAUGCAAUUACACAGGCUUGCAUUAUUAUUUCAAUUGGACAUCACUCCUUGUUACACUGUACAGGACUUUAGCCCGUCAGUGUGAUCUGAUACAUGUUGGCUUGGAUUCUAGGUUGUCAUGAUCUGGUGCGCAUUAACUUGAGUCCUGACUUUCCUUACAUGAAUACAAGAAGGGGAGCCUUAGAUGUAGGUGGGAGGUGAUAAAAAUCACUCCCUGAACUGAGAAGCAAACUAGGAUCUGGGUGAUUUUAUUAUAUGAUUGUAUGAUCUCUCUCUGCGUGUGAUCUGAUGUGUACAUUAUUCAUUUUGAUUAUUGUUAUGUGUAUAUGCCCAACACCACAUUUUUCUUUGUGUUUUAGGGGAGCCAGAAUUCAAAUACGUUGGCAACAUGCAUGGAAAUGAAGCUGUGGGAAGGGAGCUCCUCAUCUUCUUAGCUCAGUACCUCUGCAAUGAAUAUCAGAAGGGCAAUGAGACCAUCAUCAACUUGAUUCACAGCACACGUAUCCACAUCAUGCCGUCGCUGAAUCCAGAUGGCUUUGAGAAGGCAGCGUCACAGGUAUGCAAGCAGUAGCCACAUAAGCAAAUAUUUUCAUUAAUAGAAUUUGUUGAAUGCAUUUACCAGUGGUAUUAUUGCUCAGUGCAGCAGGUUUGAAAUGAGGAGUUUACAGUGGUGGCUAAAAUCAUCACUUAUAUUAUGUCCUUCUGGAUGAUAUACAGGAUGGAGUGAUGGCCACCAACAUGGCCUCAGCCCAGUAUACCUGAAGUAGUGUUUGCAUCCCCAUCGUUCAGCCUGGACACUGAGGUCCAGCUCUAAGGGCCUUCUGGUGGUUCCCUCACUGCAAGAAGCCAAGUUACAGGGAACCAAGUAGAGGGCCUUCUCAGUUGUGGUACACACCCUGUGGAAUGCCCUCCCAUCAGAUGUCAAGGAAAUAUACAACUAUCUGACUUUUAGAAGACAUCUGAAGGUAGUCCUGUUUAGGGAAUAUUUUUAUAUUUUGUUGGAAGCUUCCCAGAGUGGCAGGGGAAACCCAGCCAGAUGGGCAGGGUAUAAAUAAAUUAUUAUUAUUAUUAUUAUUAUUAUUAUUAAGGAUUAGACAAAUUCAUGUAGGAUGAGGCGGUCCAUUGCUACUAGCCACAUAGGCAAUAUUGUGUGGUUAAGGUUCCUGAUCAUGAGUAUAGAUCCAGAACAGCAUGUACAGUUGUACAUAUGCAAAGUCAUUUUUGUACAUUCCUCCCAGCGUGCAGAAAUUGGGGCCAGGGCCAGGGCCAGUGGAUUGUCUCCUGAUCUAAUGCACACAUUUAUUGAAUGUGUGGAUUGGGACGUAAGAAGAGGGCUUGUUUCCCACCCUGACAAUGACCUCCCCAAGGGCCUUCUAGCUUUAGCAAUGUAACCAUAACAUAUACACUUGGAUUAUUCUGUGUGUGUCAUGAGUGAAAGGCCACUUACAUGGCACUGUUCCUUAGUGGCUACAAUGCCACAAACAUUUGUUUAUAAAAAAUCAUACCAAUCUCUAAGUGGCUUACUUCUUCUUCUUUGGCAAUUACUUGUAGCUGAGUAAGAUAGUCUUCCAUAAACACGGUUUUAACAGUGAGUCCGUAAGUGACUGUGGAGGCCAAUUCUGGAUCCACAUGUCCUUCCACAGUGGGGACAUAGGUUUUCGGGCGGGAGUUGAUUACAGUGAGUGUUUGCCAAGCGUGCCUUCCUCUUAGCACAUUUCUCCCUUUCGUCCUGAGUUUGAGCGUCUUCAAAGUCCAUGAUACCUUUGGUAAAGGCUGUUCUCCAAUUGGAGCACUCGCAGGCCAGUGUUUAAUAGAAUCUUUAAGUGGUUUAGCUUACAUAAUGUGCAUAAAUAGGUAUUCAUCGUUGUCAUCCAUGCCUGGUGUUAUCUCACUUCCUCUCACUGGCAUUCUACAUGGAGCAUUUUGCAGAUUUCACCUAGCUUCUUUCAGUUUCAGAUACAUUGUACAUGCAGUUAGAACUAUCCCAAAGUUACUUGCUGAUAAGUGAGUCAUGGUUGCCUUGAAACACCAAUAAAUUAUAGAUUAGGGAUGUUCAGUGUGGGAGCACCCUCUGGUGGCUCCAUGUUACAUUUUCUCAUGGACACCUUGCAUUUAAACACAAAUUGGCCCAAAGGAAAGCUUUUCUUUUUCAUAUUUGUCCUGCAUUUCUUAUUCCAAGAACCAACAUUGCUACUAAUACUUUGAUCAAUACAUAGUAGAUGUGUGCAUUUAUCUCAUAUUGAACUAUUAUUUCUAAAUUUCAAGGACUCCUAAUUUUAUACAGCCGUGAGGAAGUGGCUAUUAGAAUGUCUACUCAUUUUUUUAACCCAUGUAAUUUUCAAUAUCUACUAUGUAUUUUGGAAAUUUGUUUGUUCACUGUACAUUUGGACACCUUAAGAUAUCAUAACCAAAUUUUGUAUGACGGUUCCUGAGAUUGAGUAGCAGGUUUCUUUUUCUCUCUCUGGAUACCGAUAGACACCCUUUUGACUGGAGAUAGCUGGUGGAACUUUUCAAAACUGCACUGAUUUUAAUCACUAUUUUCAAAACUGCAGUGAAUUUUUUAUAUAUAUCGAAUUCCUAAGCAGUGUCAGGUAUGAGGCUGCUAGUUAGCUAUAUUUUUUGGUUAAUUUUGGUUAAUUCACUGUGGCUAAGCACCACAGAACUUGCGUAUCAACUCAGACACAAUUCUGUCAACGGAGACAGUGAGUGUCAGUCAUCAAGUGAAGAAUAUGCAUGUGUUAAAUCAGCCACGAGAAUCAGUAUGCUUCUGAGGACUAGAUGCAGAUACUGGUGAAUGUUUCCAGAAUGCCAUGCUUUUGAAUUUUUCUGAGAGUCUUUCAAGUCACCACCAAGACAACACAGUGAUGAUAGAUAGAUAAUACUUUAUUCGGCUAUAAGCCCACAAGGUAAAACAAAUCAAUAGAUAAAAAUCAAUAGAUAAAAUCAAUAGCAUUUUACAAUCUAAAAUAUCAACUAAAAUAUUUCAACGCAUAAUCUCUAACUGUACCGUGUUAUGGCCUUGAAGAUAAAGAUGGUGCAUAGAGUUUACUGAAUUUUUAAUAGUCAUGCAGCAUUCCCUGAAGUCUUUUAUAAGACAGAACUGAGAUCAGGAAUCUAGCAACCUGUAAAGUUCUAUAAGAGUCAAUGUCCUGGAGUAGAUAAGCUAGAUGUAAUUCAGGUGGUUUAGCAGCAAUUUCCAGGAUGAUUGAACUCAGGAUCCUUGAUCGGGGAACAUUGUAUAAGGGGCAAUUAAACAAGAUAUGAUAAAGGGAUUCUAUCGAUUUGUUGUCACAUGCGCACAAAACAGAGAUUUUACCGUUAGAAAAUCUAUUGCUCAGCACAUUUGAGGGGAACACAUUAAAUCUGGCUCUAACAAAUGCGAAUCUAUGCGACGCAGCCGAUAAAGUAGACAGAUAUCGAGGUAUCUGGGACAUAGAUGUAAUGCCCUGAUAUAUCGGGGAACAUGUACCUCCACCUGUGGUAAGAUUUUGUUGUAAAUCUACAUCCUCCAAUCUUUGUUUGAUGACCUUUUUAGCUGUAAUUAGAUCUAAAUUAAGUAUAUCGGAGGGAGAGAUUCCAUAAGACAACAGUUUGGAAUGGAUUUUUGUUGCCCAUGGGCUGGUGAAUUCAUCUCUCCAAAGGCACUGAAUAAGAUGGUAGUUUGGCAAUUUAUGCCAAAGGGACAGCCAAUAAUUAAAGGCAUGUCUCCACAUCAGAAUCUCAAGGGAGGGGGUCUUAAGUUCUAAGCGAAUGGCAGAGUUGCUUACACAGGAGGGUAGUUUCAAAAGGCGUCUUAGAAAAAGAUUUUGCAAUGUCACCAGAGGCAAGAGGUUUACAAAGACGCCCCAUAAAGGGACCGCAUAGGCCAUAGUUGCAACCACUUUUGCACUAUAAACUUUUAAGGCGGAUGGAACAUGCAUAGCCCCUCAGUAAAGAAGAAGCGUAGUAUAGCGUAGAUAAGGGCUUUCACCUUGUUUUGUAAAUAUGUGAUAUGCGCUUUCCAUCCCAUAUUAUACUGGAAGUAAAUUCCUAGAUAUUGAAAUUUGUAAACUUGUUCAAUUGGCUUCCCCUCAAGUUCCCAUCUAUACAGUUUACGACUCCUGGAAAAAAUUAGGACUUUAGAUUUGGAAUGGUUAAUAGUGAGUAAAUUUGUUUGGCAAUAUGAUGCAAAAAUCUUAAGGGCCCUCCUCAAACCGAUUCGAGAAUAAGAGAGGAUCACCGCAUCGUCAGCGUACAAUAAUAAGGGGCAGCGAUAGUCUGCAAGCCUGGGUGCAUGAAUGGAGGUUUGGGCCUCAGCUAGGGGCGUCCUCAUGUCACUAAUAUAGAGGUUAAAAGAUAGGGGGCAAGGAUACACCCUUGUCGUACCCCCUUGUUUAUUGGAACUGAGUUUGUUAGAUCGCCCUCAGGUGUUAACCUCACCCUAGCAGCCGUCCCUUCAUGUAAUUUAAUCAAUAGCCACAACAGCCUUUUUUCUAUGCCCCACUUUGCCAGUUUUUCCCAUAACAGCUCUCUAGAGAUACUGUCAAAAGCCGCCUUCAGGUCUAUAAAAGCGGCACAUAGAAGACCAUGAGUAGGGGAAGAAUAUUUCCGCGCCAAAUGAUAUAGAAUUAUAGCAUGGUCAAUAGAAGCGCGAUUUGGUCUAAACCCGACCUGUUCAUGGCCUAUCAGAUUGGAAUCUUCGGCCCAUUGGGUUAGUCUGGUUAGCAAGAAGCGAGUGUAGAUUUUUCCGAUGAUUGAUAAUAAACUGAUAUUACGAUAGUUUCCUGGGUCCUCUGGUGGUCCUUUAUAUAUAGGAAUUAUGAUGGACUCCUUCCAUGAUGUAGGUAUCUGGCCCGUGGCAUUGAUUGCAUCAAAGAUUUUUGCAAGAAUUUUAGCCCACCAUAUUGGAUGUUGUUUAAUAGCUUCCGCCGGGAUCAGAUCGGGCCCUGGGGCUUUAUCAGUUUUCAGUUUGGCAAUUAAAUCUACUAUUUCCUCCGGGUCAGUAUCUGGCCAUAUGGGCAAGUGACUUGAGAGAGUAUCAGAUUGGAUGUUAGAGAUGUCUGUCUGGGAGAAAUAUUUUCUUAGAAAUUGUUCCCAUGUCGGGGCUGGGAUAACCGUCAAUGGGUAUUUCCUCGAUCUUUUGUUGAUUAAAUUCCAAAAACCGCGAGAGCUGCGAAGCUUAGAGGCAGCAAUCAGCGCUUGCCAACGUCUUAGCUGCCACUCGUGCUUGGCUGACUUCUGAGCCUGUUUGUAAGCAAUUUUGGCCUGCAAGUACUCUGGGGGGAGAGUUUCAGCUCCAGAGGCUUUAUAUCUGUUGUAGAUACAACAGAGAGAGAGUCUAGCUUGCUUACAUUUGGCAUCAAACCAAGGUGCACCGAACCUGGGUUGAUCACGGUUAGCGAGGUGAGCCGGCAUCGUAAAGAAACUAGUUAAAUCUGCAGAGAAGUGGGAGAACCACUCCAGUAUCCUAUUUGGUUCAGACAGCUCCGCCAAUGAAACAAUAAGGGAUUCGGAGCUAUUCCUCUGGAAGAAUUCUGCAUAUUUUUGGGCCUGUUUCAUGGACCAUUUAAUGCCUCUUACUUGAGCUGUGGCAUUUAAACCUACAUGAAUUGGGUGUGUUCCGCUAACCGGGUGCCAGUCAAGCGUUAGCUUGGCCGCUAGAGGUAGGUGAUCACUGGAUUGUACAUUAUCUACUUUGAGAUAAAAGAAAUUUGAAAAUAGGUCUUCUGAGACUAGAAGAUAAUCUAGGACACUAUUUGAUUUUGUGCCCAAAUGAGUGAAUUCACCUGGCACGUCCGGAGGGCAGUUGCCAUUUAGAAUGUUCAAAUUCAUACGAAUGGCCAAUUGAUAAAGAAGGACUCCCGCCUCAUUCACUCUGUUGUCCUUAGAUCUUCUUGAUGUGAAAGAGAUUAAAUCAGAUUUUGGGUAGGGGAGAUACCCACCACUUGGCCUUAAUUAUCCCAUUCCAGUUGGCAGCUGUACGUGCAUUGAAGUCACCACCCAUUAUCGAUGGAAUAUUAGGGUACUUAACAUAGCAUGCCAAUAAAUGAUCUUCCAGAGAAUCCCAUCUAUAAUGAAGGUCUGAUAUCAGACCACCUGGAGGAAGAUAAACAUUGGUGAUUAAUAGUGAGAAUUUUUCACUUGAAAUCAGACCAGUAAAAGCAAAAGGAGGAAAGGUAUGAACUAGCGAGAGUUUAGCUCUCAUUUUAAGCGAUAUGGCGAUUGCAAGACCGCCUCUGGACCGGCCACCUUUCUGGGAGGGGAUAGCUGGAAGUGAUAUCAGUUCAAAGCCAUUUAUAUCUAUUUUAUCUUCUUCCCAUGUUUCUUGCAAAAGGAUUAUCUGGAAAGAGUUUAUAUAGGACAGAAAUUCGGGAUCUAAUCUUUUCCUUUUCCAGCCAGCAAUGUUCCAACUUAGGACUGCUAGCUGGGGACUUCUAUGUUGUUCUUUUAACAGUCAAAAUGGAGGGGGGGCAGACUCUCUGUUAGAGACAGAAGAUGUAACAAAAAAGUCAGUUAUUUUACUUUGGGAGGAUGGUAACUGUGAGGCGCCCUGCAAAUUAAAGUUUUUAACAAUUUGGUUCGACUGUUGGCACACCGUGGAUGAUCCACUGAAAGUAGGUCUCUGAACAGGAAGUCUCUUCAUUUCGAAAUUCUUGGUACAACUUGACAGAGAAAUACCCAGGUAGGGGAAAUUGAGUCCGUCGGGGUAAACCCUCUCGCAGAUUUGUCAUCCGACAUUCGGAUUAUUUUAUUGAUGCGUCCCAUCGGGUCUUCAAUCAUUUCUGACGGCGGGUCCCGAGGUGUAACAUUCGCAGUUUCCUUUGAAGGAGGUAAUUGAGGGGGCAUCACGGAGGUGGAAAUUGCGGAAGACUCUCUCAGGGGCAUCACUUGUGGACUACUUCUAUAUCUGGACGAAACCGGAGAAGAUUCUAGCUCUGGCAUAGAUGAGUGAGUUAAAGAGGGAUUUGAGUCAAGCAGGGAAAUCAGAAUUUCGUCCUUAGAUAUGUUGGUUGAUGAAUAUAGAUGAAGGUUCAGUGAGGAUGGCAGAGCCUGGUCGUCUCGUGAUGUAGCGCACGCUGCAGAAGCAACUUGAAGAUUUGAGUCUUGUCGGAUGGUUUUUGAAUUCAGAGUGGGACUGAGCUGAAGAAGGUCAACCACUUCUGUCCGGUGGGCCCAAGUGGGAUUAUUUGAGACAUCGUUAGUAUCUUCCCCUCUAUGUUGGACUUGCAAAAGCUGAGAUUUAAGCGUGUCAAAUCUUUGCAUCAUCACCGACUGUUCUUUCGGAGGAAGGGCUCUGAAUGAAUCAAUAAGUUCCCUUUCGUCGAGGGCAGUCUGCAGAUUAUCAUCCUCAUAUAUAGCAGUUUGAGAGGGUAUCGAGUUUGGUCGCGGAUGGCACGCUGCAGAGUCAUCGCGAUUGGGCCUGACAGUAUUUUGAGGUAAGGCAGAGUCUCUUGUCCUAAUGUCCUCACCGCCAGGGCACCUAUUUAGAAGGGGUUUGAUCUUGCUGUCUGUAAAAACCCUCGUUGCUACAAUGUCGGCCAUGGACAAAAGCGUUUUCCUCCUAACAAUAAUAGAUGGUAUCUUUUCAGAGUGGAACGCAAGUAUCACCUUCAAGAAGUUGGUCUGCCGGGAAGGGGCAUUACAGCAUAUAGGUCAAUCUGAUAUUUCUUAAUUUUUAAAAGUUUGCUUAAGCAGUCUUUAGCUCCUUCUAGCGUUGACCAUCUUCCUAUUUCCGACCUGACAGAAAGGCAACUUUUCUUGGGUUGCAAAGUUAAUAUCUGAUUGUUCAAUUGGGAAUUUAAGACAUAUUUAGUUUUAGUCUCCAGUAUUUUAUCUGAAUGGGGGUGAGGCAAUAAGUUUUUGACCUCACAAACUGAGGAUUGUGUUGUUGAUUCAAGUUUUCCGAUUUUCAGCAGGAUAUUGGAUAAUUGUGAAGAUACCUCGUCCAGCCUUUUAAAAAUACAGUGAAGGGUCUUAAUUACUAAGUGUAACUGCUCACAACUGGGGAACUCCCCCAUAACAGAUGCCAAACCAUCUUCCUGCGAUGGGAGUUUUUCUUUCGUAUUCUCCUUUACAGGCUUUACAUUUGAAACAUUUUGAGUCAUCGGAAUCGGAGUAGCUUCUAAUUCAAUUAGAGGUUGGAAGCGAUUUUGGGUUUUCACUGCAAAGCAUUGCUCGGCAUGGUCACUCCCUCCUCCAUUCCGGUGUGGCACCAACCUUGAUAGUUUUGGUUUAGGGGAUGAUAGGGGCUCGUCAAAGUCUCUCAAGCGUUUUUCUGACCCAUGCUUUCCUCAGGCCAGAGAUUAUACGAUUCUUAAAAUAACAUAACACUUAACACGCAAUUAAGAUAAUGGCGUUCUCAACUCCUUUAGCAGCUAAAGCCAGCCCGCUGAUAUGAGAGAAACAAAGAGCGGCUUGCAGCAGUCUGGAGCAGGGCCAAAUCUCUCAAAGAGUUUCCAAGGUAUGCGGCUGCAGCAAUUAUAAAAUACUUCAAAAACUGACUGAGUCAGUUGAGAUAAAAGUAUAAAAGAUUAAAAAGAUUAAAAGAAGUCCGAAGAGCACCGGUAAGCGCGUCUUACCUCGGCGCCAUGUUCGCAGUUCCCUGGAGUUUCAGACCAGAGCCUUUCCCCACACAGUGAUGAGCUAAAUGGGCCAUUUCUCAUGGAAACUAUGUUAUACUAUUAAAUGAUAGCAUCAGUGCUAUUUUCUAAUAAUCCCUCUUGAUUACUUCUUCUUUUUAGCCUGGUGAACUCAAAGAUUGGUUUGUUGGCCGAAGUAAUGCCCAGGGAAUAGACCUAAACCGAAAUUUCCCUGACCUGGAUAGAAUAGUUUAUGUCCAUGAGAAAGAAGGAGGUCCAAAUAAUCACUUACUGAAAAGCCUGAAGAAAGCUGUGGAUCAGAACCCAAAGGUAAAUAAUUGCAGUUUACCAUCAACAUUAUAGACUGUCAUCUGUUUCUCUUCAGAGAGUUCCAUAUGCCCUUUCAAUCAGGGGACUCAUCUACAUUAAUCAAAAUACAGUGAUUUGAAUGCGUUAUAAACAUGCAACACCAGAUGGAGCCAGAUAGAAAAAAAACCUUUCUAUAAUGAUUUAAUUUCUGACUUAUUUAUAGUGGUUUCUUUCCUGUGUGUAGAUCCACCCAGGCAUUAAAAAAAGAAUCAAUCCACGGGGGUCUGAAAAUUUAAUAAAUAAAGCAGAAUUGGGACAGAAAGUUGUAUUGAUUCAAAUAUUUCAGCACAUGAUAAACUUUUCUAGAUUUCCGUAGCAUGUUUCUUUCAGAUGACUAGUUUUACUCUACAGAGGAAAGACCUUCCCCUCCCCCACCUUUUGGUACUCCUCUCCUUUUGUCUAUGUGGUUGCAGAUGGAUGUAGACAAAUGGCCAGAACCUAUGUAUAAUAUGGUCAAGAGCAAGGUGAAAACCAAAGGUUGUGCAAAAUCCAGAGGAGUAUUUUUUUAGGUUUCAACUUGAGGUCUUCUCUGGACCAGGAAUGCUGAAAAGGCAAGCAGACAGGAUCAGAACUAGGAAUUCAAGAUAGGAUGGACAAGGGCUUCAGGACAGGACAUGUUAGUGUUUUUAAGAGUAUGAUGCUAGAACAUCUUUUUAAAGAGCAUCCUUUUUUCUUGCUAGAGUAGAGCAGAAGGGCAUACUUGACCUCAAAUGUAUUCUCAACACUUCUUUGUUCAUUUGUUUUAGUAUUUACGGGCCAUUUUCCCAUUGGAAGACCCUCAAAGUGCCUUAUGGUACAAACAAAUACAGCAAAAGUCCAAUGAUCACAAUAAUAAAACAUUAAAAACAGAGAAUACAAAGAACAGUAAAGUUAGGCAAUAAAGAAUAUCAAAGAGGCCAUAACUAAGCAUAAAAUUCCUUAAGGCUAAAGGUCUGACAAAAUAAAAGUCUAGCCACCCAAUGACAUGCUUCUAGAGUGGCAUAUUUUCUCCCCUACAAAUUCAACCUGCUGCUGCUUAGACAUUCCCUGGAGAUCCAGAUCUCUUCUGAAUAUUCAGUUGGACCCAAGGCCAGAAAUGGGUGAAGGCAGCAGGGGACCUCUGUGGGCUUCUUCACAUACACAUAUUGUGUGACUCUGAGGCCUAAAUCCAACAGAGAGUUAAGAUGGCUGAAGCCCAUUAAUGUGUUGCGUUUAGGCCUAAGUCUACACUCAGCUGGGACGUGGGUGGCGCUGUGGGUUAAACCACAGAGCCUAGGGCUUGCCGAUCGCAAGGUCGGCGGUUCGAAUCCCCGCGACAGGGUGAGCUCUCAUUGCUCGGUCCCUGCUGCUGCCAACCUAGCAGUUCGAAAACACGUCAAAGUGCAAGUAGAUAAAUAGGUACCACUCCGGUGGGAAGGUAAACGGCAUUUCCGUGCGCUGCUUUGGUUCGCCAGAAGCGGCUUAGUCAUGUUGGCCACAUGACCCAGAAGCUGUACGCCGGCUCCCUCGGCCAAUAAAGCGAGAUGAGCACAGCAACCCGAGUCGGUCACGACUGGACCUAAUGGUCAGGGGUCCCUUUACCUUUACGUUUUACUACACUCAACUUGUGUAAUGCACCUGUUAGUAAACUUGUGUGUUGUAAUCAUACAUCAGCACCUUUUAUUGGUACAUCCUGAAGAUAUAAUGUAAUUCUGAUUCAAUUUUCAGAAGUCAUGGAAUUUCACAGGACUCUAAAUAAAGCUUAUGUGAUAGCGCUUGUUAUACAGUAUUAACCUAUUUACUGGCUUUGAAGUGCUGGUGAAUAAUACAUGUUUCUUCUUCAAUAGCUUGCGCCUGAAACAAAAAGUGUAAUUCACUGGAUUAUGGAUAUCCCCUUUGUGCUGUCUGCCAACCUCCAUGGUGGGGACCUUGUAGCAAACUACCCUUAUGAUGAGACUCGAACUGGUAUGUACAAUAUGCUUGAAUGUGCAAUCUGUUCAUUUCAAAAGCAUGUGAAAUAUGCCAUCAUUUUGGAGCUGUAGAAAGUUCAGUGUCCAUAAUUCUGUGGCAGUAUGUAAUGUCUUCAGAAAGAUACAGUAUUUCUGCAUGCCACUGGCAGCUGAUAGAAUUACUGAUCACAGCUACAGUGUAAGAGAGUAAGGUUUAGAACAGGAUUAGGCAACCUAAGGCCCAGGGGCUGGAUCCAGCCCAAUCGCCUUCUAAAUCCAGCCCACAAAUGGUCUGGGAAUCAGAGUGUUUUUACAUGAGUAGAAUGUGUGGUUUUAUUUAAUAUGCAUCUCUGGGUUAUUAGUGGGGCAUAGGGAUUCGUUCAUUUUCCCCCUCCAAAAUAUGGUCCAGCCCCCCCCCACAAGGUCUGAGGGACAGUGGACCGGCCUCCUGCUGAAAAGGUUUGCUGACCCCUGGUAUAGAAUGACUGUAGACACCAGAAGUCAGCAGUGGAGGAAAGGUGGCCUCAUUCAGCACCCUGCAAGGGCAUGGUUGCUUACUAAAAUGAGCCAGUUUCAAACUAUGGUGUAUAAAACUGGCUUGUUUCAACAUUAAACACAGGUUAGAGUUUAGACAUAAUGUUCACACACUACAUCUUAAGUAUACUUUAAAAUAUCUUAUAUGUAAUCUUUAUAAAAUGUAAAUGUGUAAAUGUGUCCCUAAAUGUUGGUGGCUAAAUGACAUAUGUGAGAUGAACGCACUCUGCUUUUGCCCUGUAACUUGAAACGACAUCCACAGUAUGAAGACUUCAUUGUGACCAACUGAUCCAUGCCAUUGUGCAUCAAUUAAAAAUCCCAAAAUAAAAAUAAAAAUUGUGAAAAUAACAACCAUCUUAUUUCUCUUUGGUGAGCAUCUGGUAAUUGAUCUCACCGUAUUUUAUUUUUCUUAAGAAAUAUUUGCAGAUUAAAAUGCAUUAUUGUUGCUCAGAUAAUUUUAUUUUAUUUUUAAAAUAAUAUUUAUUGAUAAUUUCAAAAUUACAAGAAAAAAAAAUAACAAACAACACUACAAUACAAAAAAAAGAAAAAAGAAGAAGAAGACAAUAAAAAAGGAGGAAAAAAAGGAGAAAAAAAGGAGUAAAACACAAAAUGUGAAAACCCAUAUAACAAUACAGCAAUAAAAAAGAAGAAAAAAGAGAAAAAAACCCACAAAUCCCAAAUUGCAUAUCUAUAAUUUCCAUUUGCUUGUUUCAUUGACCUCCUCACACCUCCGUUUUUGUAUUCUAGUUUAGUAAUUAUUUCAGCAAAUUCUUUCCAUCUUUCUCAAUUUUUGUUGUAAAAUUUGCCUUAACAAUUUAACCAAGUAAUUAGCUCAACAAAUCCUUACCAUCUUUCCCCAUAUUCUAUUAUUCAGAUUACCUUGAUUUAUUUAUCCUUAUCUUACCCCUAAGUGCCUUAAAACUUAAAUCUUAAAUUUCAAAUAUACAUAACUCCUAAUAUCAUUUCUGCUAGAGUCGUAUAGUUUCAUUCCCACAUUUUCCCUAAUAUUCAUUAGCUGAUUCUAAAAUAAAAAAGUUUCCAUUAUAAAUUCUCUUCCAAUCAUCAUCCAGCGUCUCUUCUUCCUGGUCUCGGGUCAUGUCAGUCCUUAUUGUCCUUAUUGUCCAUUCCGUCUAGUCCAUCAACCUGGAAGCCUUAUGUCCGAGGCCCUUAAAUCUCUUCCAUGUCCCUUCUGCAAUUCUUCUUCAUCUUGUUUGUGCUUGCCCUUUUCCUUGUCUCUUGUUGGUCUCUGUCUUAGUUUCUUUCCUUUCUCGUUGAGGAGUAGGUCUCUGGGGGAUUCCAACCCAAAAUUGUCUCCAUCACCCUUCAUCCAGCUCACCCAUUCCCCACAGUCCCACUCACCACAGUCCUCGAUGUAAUCCAAAAUGAAUUUAAAAUCAAAUUUCAGAAUCUCUCCAAAGCUAGAAUAAUUUUAACUGCUCAGAUAAUUUUAACUGCAACGUGGCUGCCUUAUUUGUAUGUGCAAUGUGACUAGAUUUAAAUAAAUACAAAUAAGGCUAGUUUUAGCUACCUUUGUUUUUGUUUUCAUGAUUGUUUUAUUGUUCUUAGCUCUUUUAUUGAACUUGGAUUUAUUGUUUUAAAUGGCUCUGAUAAUCUUUUAAAAUACAAAGUAGUUUAAAAAUUAUUUGAAAUAAAUAAAUUAAGUGCUUCCAGCCUUUUUCCUAUGAGACUCCCCCCACCCCCAAGAGUAAAUACUUUGGGCAAAAGCAACAGACACAGAACAACAUAGGAAAAAAAUAAGUCUAUCUGUUCCUCUACAUGUUUUUGGUUUUAUUUCCUCAGGUAGUGCACAUGAAUACAGCUCCUGCCCAGAUGACGCUAUUUUCCAAAGCUUAGCUCGAAGCUAUUCAUCCUUUAAUCCCGCCAUGUCUGAUCCAAACAGGCCACCGUGUCGCAAGAAUGAUGACGACAGCAGUUUCAUAGAUGGAACAACCAAUGGUGGGGCUUGGUACAGUGUUCCAGGAGGUUUGUGUCAAUCCGUUACGAUACUUCAGAGAUUCGUUUAUUGUAAAGAAUAACAAUUACAGUGUGUACACAUACACCAACACACGUGAAUGGACAGUGGGUCUCAGCAGCAAAUCAACUGCUGGUUCCCUUCACUGUAGCUAAAACUUGCAACUUCUAAAAAUUUGCCUUCACUUAUGUAAGUCUAACUUGGCAAAAUGUAUUACUGUUCCGUCAACACCUUUGCACAUCUCUAUAGAGGUAAAUGUGUCUUCUGAAAGCUCAUCUCUCAAAUGUGAUGAGAGAAGUGGCCCUCUGGGAAUAAAUGAUUUGUACUCACAACAAUCAGUGACAGUCAUACUGACUGUUGCCUACCUUGCUAUUUCUUGUAUCUACUACAAAAGUAUCCCGAUAUGGUAGAGGCUAACCACCAAGUAAUUUGGAGAGAGAAUCCCUGCCACACAAAAAGCUUAAUACGUGACCAGAGAGAGGAUGUAAGAGGCAGAUAUAGAAUACAGUGGAGGAGAGGGGAGAAACAGCUAUGCAAUUAUACCAUAAAACUCAAAAGCUUCUUUGUUCAAUUGUACAGGAUGACAAGGUACAAAGAAGGACAGGUUUCCUGUGCCUUGAAAAUAGUUAAGCAGGACGACAAAUUUCAAGAAGAGCAACUUUUCUCAGAACUGCUUGCACCUGUUGAAUAAACUAUUGACGACAUAGAAGUACCUGGUCACCUUGCCUGUAUAGAUGAAUAUGAGUGAAACAGUCAAUUUUCCCUAAGACACAUAAUAGCCAGACAUUGGAGGGUCUUCCUUUGCUUUUAAGCACCCCUGAGCAUUGCUAGUCUGUAUUCCUAAAAGGGCUCCCAAAGUGCAGGAUUAAGGGACUCUAAUCUGAUUCUCCUGCACAGAAAUAGCACCAGCAAGAAGAUUACCUUGUCCUGCAGCCAGACUGCAUUUUCAGUGCUGAUGGAUAUAUUCCUGUACAUUAGCUGCUUAAGUCCUAUUGAAGUCAAUAGGAGCAAAGCAACUUUACAGGCUGCAGGACUGCGGCCUUUGUUUUUAAGGUGUUGUUAGCGUAGUCUGCAACUCUUGCAGUUGUUACUCAUUUUAAUUAAAUUAUUAUUGUUGGGCACACAACAAACAUUCGUGGCAUAGGUUUUACUAUAGCAAAUGGAGGCUUUGUAUAGCAAAUACAAAGGGGAACAAGAUGUCCUGCAUGCAAUGCUGUGACACAUUAUGAAAUUAGCAGACUAUGGUAAUAUAGGGCUGACUUUAAAAUGUGGAGUUGUAGUCAAUUAAGUCCCACUCAGAGUAGACUCAGUAAAAGCAAUGACUCUAAGUUAGUCAUGUCCAUCAGUGGGUCUACUCUAAGUAGGACUAGUCUAGAAUACCACAUUCAAUGUCUAAGGUUGUAAUCCUAACCCUACUUACCUGGGAGUAAGCCCCAAUGAAUACAGUAAGUCUUAAUUCCGAGUAGGCAUGGUUAGGAUUUCACUGUCAUUUGCACUGCACAUUCAUCUUAACAUUUAUGCAAAAUGUAUUUACAGUGAAUUGCAUCAAUAUCACAUUUUUCUUAAGCUUUAUUUGUUUUUUAAAUGGAGCACCGUUGAUUUGUUGAUUUAAUUUAUUUAUUUAUCUGGAGGUUUCAGAGCGGUUCACAGAUAAAAUCAACAUAAAACAUAAACAUAACAUAAAAACCACAAUAUAUAUAAUCAAAAUAAAAGCAACAACCCAAUAACAGUGUUUAACAGUCUUUAUUGUGAAAAUAACCUUCUGGUACACUGCCUAGAGUUUGCUGGAGAUAUCAAUCUUCAAGUGUCACAGAGUAUUUAGUUGCCACAUUUAAAAUAUUUGGUAUAUAUGAAAAACAAAAUGUAGCCAAAAUCUGGAGACUUGAAUGCACGGUUGUCAAGUUGGACAUGACUGACAAUCUUUUCAAGGAAGCCCCGCCCCCUAAACUCAGGCUUACUUUCCUUUGUCUCCUGUUCUCAACCCUGAUGAUAAGAGAGAACCUACAUUCAGGUCUGCACCUCACCAUUCAGGUGAUCAGUGCUGACUAUGGUGAGCUCUAUGUAGGGCAUUCCAACUAUGUCGGCAUUAGAACAUUCUGUAUAUUUACUUCUGGAUCCAGAAGGAGAUGCAUAUACAGAAGCCUGCUCCUAUUCAUUCAUUCAUUCAUUCAUUCACUCACUCACUCACUCACUCACUCAUCACCGCCCUCCUUCCUUCCUUUUUUAUUGGUGAGCAUAUGUCUUUGAUUGGUUCAUAAUGUCUUAAACAUGUGCAGCUGGUAAUGUGUACUGUCGACACACAUUUUAACAUUGGCUCCAACGUUUUAAAGUCUCCUCCACAUCAUUAGCACUGGUACAAUGCCUUUGGUUUUUCUUUUUGGUGAAUUGCAAGAUUAGGAAGAAACCCCUGUUUCAAAUUAUUUCUUGAAGCUUCAUUGGCUGUGCCAUUAUCUGUCAUUUGCAUGUUUUAUUGUACACAUAAUAACAUGUUUCCUUGUUCAUCUGGAAUUAAUUGAACUAUACCUGGAAACUGUUUUUUUGGCUUCCGAAAAUGGAACUUUUUGAGCCAAUUGUAUCCCAGUGGAAUAUACGCACCAGAUGCAAUAUUAGGUUUCACACAAUCAUUACACAGAGCUGUGACUGCCAAGAUAUUCAUUGCACGAAGUUAGCCAUUUCGGCGCAUUAUGUAUCUGACUUGAGUUCAAGAAUCACAUAUUGAGUGAAUUGUUAGCUGCCCAGGGAGUUUUAUAUACUGAAGGGCAACAUGAAUACUUCAAGCAAAUAAGAAAUAAAUAUUAGCCCUGAUUCUCCUACAUUAUCUCUGGGUGGCCUUUAGCUAAUUUACAUUAAUUUGAGAGGACAACAUUUCUGAAAAUUUUGAUGCCAUGGAGAAAACCAUUCUUAAAAUUGAAACAACAACAACAACCCUGAAAUAUAUGUGUGAGACUUUUAAAAACAGAUUGUAGGGCUGGAGACCUGCUUUCGAGAUUACACAGAGACAUCUUUUAAGUCCUGUUUUCAUUGCAUAGAACUCCAUGCUUGUCCAAAUGUCAACCUGUCUGUAUGCUUAUAAUGCAGGCAUGCAGGACUUCAACUACCUCAGCAGCAAUUGUUUUGAAAUCACUGUGGAGCUUAGCUGUGAAAAAUUCCCUCCAGAGGAAACACUGAAGAGUUACUGGGAGGACAACAAGAAUUCACUUAUCAAUUAUAUUGAGCAGGUAAAAGAGAAGUAGGAAGGGCAAGUUAUGGCAUGAGUGGGGCAGGAACCAACCCCAGAUUAGUUAUGUCCGGUUGUUCAUCAAUAGUUAAACAGUCUUCUGCUUAGUUGCACUCCAUAUGCUCAGACUGGGGAUUUAAUCACAUAUUGAUCUAUGUUCAAACCACUUCAAAACAUGAUUAUGAACCUAACCACACGAGGCUACCUUUUUACAUGAAAGCUUAACCACAGUAGAAUGGCGAGGAAAGAUUACCAUGUGAUAAUGGUUUUCUCUCAGAAACAAUUGCAUAAAUUCUGCCCCUGCUUGAGGAUUAGAGAAUAGAAUGUGUUCUUGCACUGAAAUGUCAGUCCUGUUUACAAAAGAUUUAUUAAAAGUUGGUAACUUUUAGCUGAGAGCACUAGUUUUCUGAAUCACCAGCACUGUAUUACAGCUCAAACAAAAGGCUCAUUCAGGCUUUCUAAUCCAUCACACAACUGCAAUAGCAAGAGAGGGGAUGAGUGUACACACUCUUCCAUGAGUUGGAGGCAGGUAUCUGAAUUGGGGAGUCUGCUAUACUCAUGUAUCCUCCCAAGGCAGUGAGAGUCCUUGGGAGAUCAGGACUCCAAAUUGUAUGGGAGCUUACACGAGUUCAAAAGUUUACCUACUUCAGUAGCUAUUCCUCUGCCUUGUGGAGGGAAGUGGGGUGAAGCUAGAGCUUUGGCCUUGUUGCAUGAGGAAUCUGAAUGCCUGACUAGGUCUAAUGCAUCAGAUCCCUCAGAAUAUCUGCUAUUAUUUCUAAAAAGUGCCUAAUGGUUGUCACUUGUACUGUUCCUGAGUAUGGUCAUCUCACUGUGGUGGGAAAAGUAUACAGGGUGGCAUCUGACCAAAUCAGAGUAGUCUCAUUUAAAUUAAUUGCCUUAGGGUCUACUCUGCAUACUACUUAGAUGCGGUCUAUACAGACUAACAACACAGUAAGGUAAAAAGGUAGAGGACCCUGGACGGUUAAGUCCAGUCAAAGGCGACUAUGGGGUUGCAGUGCUCAUCUGGCUUCAGGACAAGGGAGCCAGUGUUUGUCCAUAGAGAGCUUUCCAGGUCAUGUGGCCAGCAUGACUUAACCGCUUCUGGCGCAAAGGAACACCGUGACAGAAGCCAGAGUGCAUGGAAACACUGUUUUUCCACCGCAGUGGUACCUAUUUAUCUACUUGCACUGGUGUGCUUUUGAACUGCUAGGUUGGCAGAAGCCGGGAAAGAGAAAUGGGAGCUCACCCGGUCAGGGGGAUUCGAACCACCAACCUUCUGUUUGGCAAGCCCAAGAGGCUCAGUGGCUUAGACCACAGCUCCACCUGCAACACAGUGCCAUGCAGGUACACUCAGAAACAAAUCUUGUUGCCCUGUGAGGCUUAUUCACCAAAAGUAUCUGCAUAGGAAUUGCAAUUUAAAUGUCAUAUUGUUCUUGCAACAGGAUAUGCUUACUCGCUGUAACUAUGAGAAGUAAUAGAUUGUAAAACUGCAAGGGUGAACACUUCCCAGUAUGGGCAUCAUAAUCACAUAUUACAGGAUUUGAUUAGAGAUCAAUCACAGCACUGCAAUCAGCACCCAGAAACCUUCUGUUUCGUAAAUAGUUUCUCCAAGGGGAAAAAAAUCCAUAUAGAAGAAUUAUUGGUUUGUUAUGCUUUGUAACUGGUACUAUUAUGCACUCAGUGUAGUUUACUAGUAAAACUAGAGACGAAUAAAAACACAUUUAAAACUAGUUUUUCUAGGGAGGAAAUGCCCAGUUUGCCAAAUAAAAUAUUCCCAAGGACUGACUCAUUCAGUCAUGCCUAUUUAAUUCUUUGUAAAAUGUAUACAGAGGGCAUUGCAGGCUUUCACCCUUUACUACAGGAUAACUUUGUUAACUGUUAGGCACUUACUGUUUCACAUAGAAUCAUCUGCAAAGAUUCUGCAAACUAGAACGGCCUUAUGUAGUCAAUAUGUUUUUAUUUUGUUUUGCUGCUGCAAAGUUACCUUCUGUGUUUCUAGAGUUUAUGAGCUUCCAACUAGUGGAGAAGGUGUCCCAACAUAAGACGUGUCAUGCCUGGACUCAAGUCCUGCGCUCUUUUGCUUGGAAGCCCCUGGUUAAAAGCCCUGCCAUUAAUGCACCAAAUGGCCUUAGUCAAGCCACUGGCUGCAUUCAAAUAACCAUAUCUCAGCUUACUUGAGUAAGCCAAAGUAUGAAUGACCCUUUUGCUUGCACAUACAGCCACUUCACUCAAAGACAUCUCUAUUUAACCAUAGUUUCCUGAUUUGUCCAAAUCAUAAAACAAGGAUUAACCACUUUGGAACAAGCCGGGGUAUCAACCUGCAGUUUUCAAGGGGUGUCUCUGACUGAAUGCACCAUAUUUAACACAAGGGCAUUAUUGGCCUACCUCACAGGGCUCAAAAGAUUAUUUAACAGAUGUAACAGAGAGCACAUAAGAAAAGACAGACUAUUGAUAACAAAGAAGUAUUUUUUUCAGAUCCAUCGUGGGGUGAAAGGAUUUGUUAGAGAUCUUCAGGGCAAUCCCAUUGCUAAUGCCACCAUUUCUGUAGAGGGACUAAACCAUGAUAUUACUUCAGGUAAGUUAUGUCAUAUGUGAUACAUUUAAACAGGUGAUGACACGGGCUUAUAUAAUGGGUGCAUGUCAAGAAUAGAAUCACAUUCUCUCUCCCCACCACUCCCAAUCCCAUAUAUACUAUUAGUCAAACUCAGAACAGCUCCCACGGCUCCUGCCUCUUUCAAGAUGUUGAGGCAUCUGAGCUCCAAUUUUGGCGCCAACAGGAUGUUCGCCAGAACCCCACCUUUUGCUUCCUUGAUUGACGCCUUUCCCUGACCCUCGUUAACCUAUGAGCAUGGGGAGGUUCUGGCUGUCGUCCUACCUCUUCCUCUGACAAAUCAUUCCCCACCCCGUGUUAUUGUCAGAGACUGCUUAUCAGUGACUUGGCCUCUCUCCAGCCUCCUUUCGCUUUCAUGAGAAUUUAUCUCUUCUUCUCCUGCUGAGGAGGAAGGUGGUUGCUGGUGACUAGUUUCAAACUGCUGAGAAGGAAGCAAAACUACUUCUUCCUCCACUGACUCUCUGUUCCUCUCAUCGUUGCUCUGGGGAGCCCUGUCCCUGCCAUCCUCUGACUCUCUGCCCCCCUCCUCAUCCUCAUCGUCACUCUGGGGAGCCCUGUCCCUGACAAACAGUAAAGAAACCAAAGCAGACCCUGCAUAUCUGAAGGCUGCUCCUGCUGGUUCUAGAAUAUUUCUGGAAGUGGUAACAUACUGCUUUUUCUACAGCUAAGGAUGGUGAUUACUGGAGAUUGCUCGUACCUGGAAACUAUAAAGUGACUGGCUCUGCACCAGGUUAUCUAGCAAUAACUAAAAAAGUGGCUGUUCCCUUCAGUCCUGCCAUUAGGGUAAGUACCGCCUGGUUGGCGUAGCCUUGUAUUGCAUGCCAGUGACUUCAUAUUGGUUAGAUGUAUAUUGUGCAAUAAUACGAUGCCCACAAGGUAACCUCAUAGGCUCUCUAUGUAAUAUUCCAGGCCUUUUAACAUUCCUGGUGUGGGAGCAUAGAAGGUGAACAUUUGAUGUGUUAUUAUUUAUUCCAUUUAUAUCCCGUCAUUCCUCUUAAAUCGGAGAAAGCAUCUUUAUGUUUCGUUAGAAGUAAGACCCACUGUGUUCAGGGAAGCUUGCUUUCAAGUUAACAGGCAUAAGACUGCAGCCCCUACCAUGAAAGCCGUUUCAUGAAUUUCAGAGGUCCUAAAUUUCAGGAUGUUACUUCAAUUAAAAGUCCAAUGUGCAUAAAAAAUUCUUGUUUUUUAUUUUAUUAUUUUUCUCAUGCCUAGGUUGAUUUUGACCUGGAAUCUCUGUCUGAAAGAAAAGAAGAAGAAAAGGAAGAGUUAAUGGAAUGGUGGAAGAUGAUGUCAGAAACUUUAAAUUUUUAA